AUGAAGACUCCGGACUUCGAUGACCUUCUUGCAGCAUUUGACAUUCCUGACAUGGUUGAUCCCAAAGCAGCUAUAGAGUCUGGGCAUGACGAUCACGAAGUUCAGAUCAAGCAAACUGCUCAAGGGGAUGAUGAUAGUCAUGUUCCGUUAUCUUCAGAUGUUGGUGUAAGCGUUAUUGUAAAAAAUGUAAGAACCGUUGAUUCUUCGGAGAUGCCUGAAAAAGACAAUCAUCACUCCACAGGUAAUGGCUUGCCCAAUGGGUUUCUCACCGUGUCACAUCUUGACCAUUUUAAUAAAGAAGAAUUGAAAUCCCUUAAAGAUAAUGCUGUUGUAUCGAAUGCCAUACUCAAAGAAUCUGCUUUUAAUCAGUUCAGUCCUAUUUCCAGUGCUGAAGAAUUUGAAGAAGAUGAAAAAAUUGAAGUGGACGAUCCCCUCGAUCGAGAAGAGUUACAUUCGAAUUUCAGUGCCAACAUUUUGACAGCAUCAGUUUCUCAGCACACCUAUGAAAGGGACAAGAUGCAUGUAGGAGAACAUUUAAUUAAAUCAGGGACUGCUGUUUCGAGCAUUAUGGACAAAAACAAAGAAAGUAAGAGAGAUUUAGAAGAGAGCUCCACUCAUUUAAAUUUAUAUGAAACAUUUAAACUAAGGAAACUACAUGAAAAACUAAAACAAAACACCCAGAGGCAUCUAGAAAAUAAACUAAUUGACGGGAAACUAGAUGUUGACAAAAGUGAAACCAAUGGAGGAGGUAUGUCUUCACUAAAGUCAAAGUCUUCUGAAAAGCUUUCCUCUUGCAUCGCUGCAAUUGCAGCCCUAAGUGCAAACAAAGUGUCAUGUGACUCGAAGGAGUUACAACUUAACAGUGAUGAAAGAUCUCCAGUAUCAAAAGAAAUCGGCGAUAGCCCGUUACCAAAUGACAAAUCUCCAGAUUCUCAAUUGACCAUGCAAAAUCUCAUUGAUGGCACCAAAAAAGUCUCUGCGAAGCAACCUGAUAGCCCUAGAAGUGUCUCAAGUGAAAAUAGUAGUAAAGGAUCACCAUCCUCUGGUGGUUCAACUCCUGCUAUUCCAAAAGUAAGAAUUAAGACCAUCAAGACUUCAUCUGGAGAAAUUAAAAGGACAGUUACAAGAGUGUUACCUGACUUUGAAACUGAAGGCAUAAAAAGUCCUUCUGAUCACACAACCUCAAUGGUUGUUUCGUCACUUUUAUCUUCUCCUACGUCUGUUGCUCUUCUUUCCUCUCCAAACAGAGCAUCCGUGCAGCCAGCGGUGACCAGUACUCCAUCAUCAACAGACAUGCCUCCAAAGCAAGUUACAAUUAAACCUGUGGCCACUGCAUUUUUGCCUGUAUCUGCAGUUAAAACUGCAGGCUCACAAGUCAUAAAUUUGAAGUUUGCUAACAACACUACUGUAAAGGCGACUGUGAUAUCUGCUGCUUCUGUUCAAAGUGCCAGCAGUGCCAUAAUCAAGGCAGCUAAUGCUAUUCAGCAGCAGACUGUAGUGGUUCCGGCUUCAAGUCUUGCCAAUGCUAAACUUGUGCCAAAAACCGUGCAUAUUGCCAAUCUUAAUCUCUUGCCUCAAGGUUCUCAGGCUACAUCUGAGCUUCGACAAGUUUUAACAAAAUCGCAGCAACCGAUUAAACAGACACUUGUAUCAACUACUGGAGCACAACCAGUUAAAAAGGUUUCCCGAGUCCAAUUGGUGUCUUCUUCUCAAAGUUCUGUAGUGGAGGCCUUUAACAAAGUACUGAGCAGUAUAAAUCCAGUUCCAGUAUAUGUACCUAACCUCACACCUCCUGCCAAUGCAGGGAUAACCUUGCCAGCUCGUGGAUACAAAUGUCUGGAGUGUGGCGAUGCAUUUGCCCUAGAAAAAAGUCUUUUGCAACAUUAUGACCGUAGGAGUGUACGGAUUGAAGUAACGUGUAAUCAUUGCACAAAGAAUUUAGUUUUUUACAAUAAAUGCAGCCUCCUUUCUCAUGCACGUGGACAUAAAGAAAAAGGGGUUGUCAUGCAGUGCUCACACUUAAUCCUAAAACCAGUUCCUACAAGUCAAAUGAUUUCUUCACCCCAAACAAAUGUGUCCACCUCAAGCUCUGUCACUACUCGACCAAAUCCAGUGGCACUUUUUACCCACAGUUUGGCAAAAGUACAAUCCGGUGUAACUGGGCCUGUGAUAUCGGCUCCUGUAAGUUCACCGGUUACUCCUGCAAUGCCUUUAGAUGAGGAUCCAGCUAAGCAAUGCCGACACAGUCUUAAAUGUCUGGAAUGCAAUGAAGUGUUCCAGAGUGAAACCUUGUUAGCUACGCACUACCAACAGGCUACGGAUACCAGUGGACAAGUACGGUACCUUUUUAGAAUUAUCUUAUUUGUGUACUUUGUUGAAGGGAUCCCUAACGUUAAUACAAUCCAGUUUUUCAUUUGGUUCUAAUUGAGUGUUGUUUGUGGUUGUAGUUGUGUUUUUUUUUUUAUUUGCAUUCUUUAUUUUGUUUAUUGAGUAACUUGUUUGAAUUUUACAUGACCAAAUAAUCUGCCUAGUUGUUAAUGAAAUAUUAAUUCAGCGUUUGUAGCUUUAUGCUACUAUUUCCACCUUGAUUGGCCUCAUCCAGCCUUUGUAAUGACAUACAUUUCUAAAUUUCUAAAAAUAUUUCAACAUUAUAGUUACGUUAGUAAUUCACAAACAUCUGUUUAAUGCCACGAUUAAACCACACUAAUAAGUCUAAUUUGUAUACAGAUUUUAAGUAAUACGGCGUAAAGGUACAUUGAAAAAGUGAUCGUAAAUGGACACUCUGGGCACCAGCACAUCUCUAAUGCAUAUGGUGGCUUUUGGACUAAUUAAUAUACUAUAUUUUUACAUGCUUUAAAUCUAUAUCGUUUUUGCAAAAAAAGUACGUUUUAUACCAUUCUGUACCAUAAACCUCCCUCCUAGCCACGCACCCUUUUCUACAGAAACGUAUUGAGACAUAUUUUUAGUAUAUCACUACCUGUCUGCCUCUUGGUCCUGUGCUGUUCCUCAACCCUUCAGCUCUAAAUGUAUUUGCCCCCUAUGUCCAAAGUGUAUUUGUCCCCCAGCCCUCUGUAUGUCACCAUAGUAAGUAGUCACACUGUUUUAAAAAGGUUUGUAUUCUUACCUGGGGUCUGCUGAAUGCCGAUUCCUGGCUCAUCUCACAUUUCUGGGCGCCUCCAUUUUGUUCUCCUCUGUUCAUGAUGUCUGCCAUUUGCCCUUCUGUGGGAUUGUUUUGACGGAUGGAUUGUGGGUAAAUUAGCGCCACCCAUUAUUAAAGAUCAUACACCCCAUAAGUAAAAGUAGUCACUACUUUUUAUUAUGUAUAACUUAAAAACUAGUUAAUUUCAGAAAAAUAAAAACAAAGGGAGGUAGAGGAACAAAAGAGGAUUACAUUAAAAUCAAAACCUGCAAAGUGAAAUAUUUAAUGCAGUUAUCUUGCUGCUGAACCAAUUUAAAAACAUUAGGAUUGUUUUGCAUUCUGACAGAUGAUAUUUCUGUGGAAGAGUGCAACAUGGUGUACACACUGACCAAUUGGCUGCUUCUCAUUCACAAAUAGAACCAUAAGAAAUGGAUGAGAUGAGUGGAUAAUAUUGAGAUUCUGCAGCUAUUCGUCCUUUGGGCUCUCCAGCCCUGUUUGGAUGUCUAAUUUUUUUUUUAAAUGUAUCUCUAUAGGAAUGUAUUUAUUUUAAAUGUCAGCCAGGGCUGCGCUAACAUGGGGACUAAUGGAGCUGAAAUUCCAUAUCCACAGUAUUCUUCACAUGCUCUUGCUCUAAAAUGUUGUGCCGAGGGAAUUAAGUAUGGGAAUUUAGGAGGAAUGCAAGGGAACAAAACGUGUGUGGGCCAAGCUUAGCAGCAACUGCAUUGAGGCUCAUAUGCUGAGGGGACCCAAUGGAUGUCUGAUGCACUUAGGGACACCCAAUAGGCAUUUAUCAUCAGUGGCCCCAUCAUACGUUGCUGCUUGUGUGCUAGUGUGUGUGUGUUUGUGUGUAUAUGUGCGUGAGUGUGCUUGUGUGUAAAUGUGCAUACAUUUCAGCAUUCAAAUUCCAACAAUACACACUAAUACACCUGUGCAGUCAAACAUGAACACUACAUACAGUCAGCUGGGUGUCGCCUGGGGGACCUGCAGAUCGGCGCUGAAGGCACACUCUGGGGUUAAACCAUUCAAAACCGAUUUAACACCUUGAGGUAAGAGUGCACCUGGGGGUUGCCUGGCACCAUAACUUAAUUUAGUGUUUUACUUUAAUCUGAAAUAGGUGAAUUAUGCUUGAAUAGACAUAUAGCUCACAUUCUGCGAUUUGUCUUUGUUCAGAUCUGCAGGUUCUGGCACUUAAUGUCUAAUAAAUAAAAUGAAUUAGUGGGUUGUAGAUCUCUGUCCUUGGAUACAAAUGUUUUUCAGAAUUGCAGGACUUCUAUCAAUCCCAUCUAUGUGAAAGUCAAAACCCAAUUAUUGAGGCUUUACUUUCACUUUUCUUCUUUAUACCCAUGCUGGCUAGGAUUGAUACGCAACCAGUGUUCCUCUUCGUCUAUGUCCGCCUGUGCUAUGAAUAUUUUUAGGACGGUUCCCCUUGACACAUGAACAAAUCUUGUUGUGCCUGCAAUUUGGAUGCCAAAUAAUCUAUGAAACAGUUUGUUUCUCCUAUGUUGCUGCAUUUCUAAUUUUGGUUUACUAGAUUUAGUGGUAAUAAAUGGAGAUUUGGUGUCAGCUAUUACUGUAGGUGAAAGUUUAGGAUCCAGUGAUCAUCAGUCAGUGUGCUUUAAUAUAAGAACAGUGACUGAGUCACACCACACAAAAACAAAAGUUUUAGACUUUAGAAAAGCAGACUUUUCUAAAAUUAAAAUACGUGUAAAGGAGUCAUUAUCAGACUGGAGCAAUUUAAAUGGAGUCCUAGAGAAAUGGGAUUAUUUAAAAGUUGCACUGCUGAAGGGAACAUAAAAUUGCAUUAGGCUUGUCAGUAAAAGCAAGAAACCACUGUGGUACUUCGCAGAUGUGGAGCAAAUAGUAAAAAACAAAAAGUUAGCAUUUAGUAAUUAUAAAAAAAGUGAGGAAGACAAUGAUCUAUAAGAUUAGGCAGAAAGAGGCUAAGCAAGUUAUAAGAGCUUCCAAAUCACAUACAGAAGAGAAAAUAGCACAGUCAGUAAAAAAAAAGGGGACAAAACAUUUUUUAGAUACAUAAAUGAGAAAAGGAAAGUAAACCAAGGAUUAGUUAGAUUAAAAACAAAAGAAGGAAGGUAUGUAGAAGAGGAUAAAGGUCUAGCUGACUGCCUAUAGUCACCUGAACAACAUCAGCUUAAUGAGGUUGUUCAGGUGAGAACUAUAGCUCCCUGCAGCCUUUCUCAUGUAAACACUGUAUUUUCUGAGAAAAUACAGUGUUUACAUUGAAAGCUAGGAACACCUCCAGUUGCAGUCACUCACAGUGAACCACAGGGACUUCGGAGUUGAUGGAGGCAUAAUAUCCCUCCAUCCACUCAGAUCUGCUGUGCACGAGCAUCCUGUGAUUCAGUAUCUCCUCCCACUGCAUGCAGACACUGAACUUUCCUCAUUAAUUCAAUUCAUCUCUAUGAGGAGAUGCUGAUUGGCCAGGGCUGUGUUUGAAUCAUGCUGGCUCUGCCCCUGAUCUGCCUCCUUGUCAGUCUCAGCAACAUGGGUUUACUUCAGGGAAAUCAUGCCAAACUAAUCUUAUUGAUUUUUUUGAUUGGGUAACUAAAAUUAUAGAUCAGGGUGGUGCAGUAGACAUUGCUUACCUAGAUUUCAGUAAGGCUUUUGACACUGUUGCACAUAGAAGGCUUAUCAAUAAACUGCAAUCUUUAAGUUUGGAUUCCAAUAUUGUUGAAUGGGUAAGGCAGUGGCUGAGUGACAGGCAACAGAGGGUUGUAGUCAAUGGAAUAUAUUCAAAGCUUGGACUUGUCACCAGUGGGGUACCUCAGGGAUCUGUACUUGGACCCAUUCUCUUUAAUGUUUUUAUUAGUGAUAUUGCAGAAGGUCUUGAUGGUAAGGUAUGUCUUUUUGCUGAUGAAACUAAGAUAUGUAACAGGGUUGAUGUUCCAGGAGGGAUAAGCCAAAUGGCAAAUGAUUUAGGUAAACUAGAAAAACGGUCAGAGUUGUGGCAACUGACAUUUAAUGUGGAUAAGUGCAAGAGUACAGAACAUUUUAUAGAGUCCUAACCUGAGUCUGAGGAAAGGGAUUUAGGGGUUAAUAUUUCUGAUGACUGUACGCUGAUGACACUCAGAUAUACCUCUCCUCCCCGGACCUUUCCCCUGCCAUCCUGCAAGGUGUCACUGCUUGCCUUUCUUCCAUCUCUGACUGGAUGUCCUCACGCUUUCUGAAACUUCUCUAAAACUGAACUCCUUGUCUUUCCUCCUCCUAAUACUGAUCCUCCUCUCUCGCUCUCCCUUCAAGUCAGUGAUAUCCACAUAAGUCCAUCCCUGCAAGCACGCUGUCUUGGCAUCAUACUUGACUCUGGUCUCACCUUUGAGUCUCACAUCCAGUUUGUUGCCAAGUCCUGUAGGUUCCAACUCAAAAACAUAGCCCACAUCCGCCCCUUUCUUACGCAAGAUGCUACCAAGGAGCUUGUCCAUGCUCUAGUAAUUUCCCGCAUGGAUUACUGUAACCCUCUCCUGAUUGGUCUCCCCAAAAGCCGUAUUGCCCCGCUAAAGUCUGUAAUGAAUGCUGCAGCUAGACUGAUUUUCCUCUCUAGUCGGUCCUCUCACACCUCACCCCUCUGCCAGUCCUUACAUUGGCUCCCUGUAUGCUAUUGGAGUCAAUUCAAAGUACUAACCCAUACAUUUAAAGCACUGAACAAUUCUAGCCCCUCUUAUAUCUCUUCACUAAUCCAUAGAUAUGCCCCUCCUCGUACCCUCCGCUCUGCCCGUGACCACCUCCUGACCGCUGCUCGCACCCGUACGGCCAACUCGCGCUUGCAGGACCUCUCGCGGGCGGCUCCUCUCCUAUGGAAUAGCUUGCCUACUGCCAUCAGACUCUCCCCUAGUCUUCAAUCAUUUAAGAAGGGCCUUAAAACCCAUCUCUUCAGGAAAGCUUAUGGCCUCCCAGAGUAAUCUCUACCUUACAUACCUGUCUCCUGCUCUCUCCUAUGGGACAGUGCUUUGCUCUCUCCUCCAGCUCUGCUUCACUCCUACUCGAUAAUUCCUGUCCUAAUGUUUCUAAUACCCCACCUCCUAUAGUCUGUAAGCUUGUUUGAGCAGGGUCCUCUUCAACCUAUUGUUCCUGUAAGUUUUCUUGUAAUUGUCCUAUUUAUUGUUACAUCCCCCCUCUCAAAAUAUUGUAAAGCGCUACGGAAUCUGUUGGCGCUAUAUAAAUGGCGAUAAUAAUAAUAAUAAUAAUUAAAGGUAGGCAAACAAUGUAAUAGAGCAGCAGGAAAUGCUAGCAAAAUGCUUGGUUGUAUAGGGAGAGAUAUUAGCAGUAGAAAGAGGGAAGUGCUUAUACCAUUGUACAGAACACUGGUGAGACCUCACUUGGAGUAUUGUACACAGUACUGGAGACCGUAUCUCCAGAAGGAUAUUGAUACUGUAGAGAGAGUUUAGAGAAGGGCUACUAAACUGGUUCAUGGAUUGCAGGAUUAAAUUUACAAGGAAAGGUUAAAGGAAUUUAACAUGUAUAGCUUGGAGGAAAGACGAGACAGGGGGGAUAUGAUAGAAACAUUUAAAUUCAUAAAGGAAAUCAACACAGUAAAGGAGACUAUAUUUAAAAGAAGAAAAACUACCACAAAAAGAGGACAUAGUCUUAAAUUAGAGGGACAAAGGUUUAAAAAUAAUAUCCGUAAGUAUUACUUUACUGAGAGGGUAGUGGAUGCAUGGAAUAGGCUUCCAGCUGAAGUGCUAGAGCUGAACACAGUAAAGGAGUUUAAGCAUGCGUGGGAUAGGCAUAAAGCUAUCCUAACUAUAAGAUAAGUCCAGGGACUAAUGAAAGGAUUUUUUUCAAAAUUGGGCAGACUCGAUGGGCUGAAUGGUUCUCUUCUGCCGUCACAUUCUAUGUUUCUAUGUUUAAUGCUUAACAGUUUUUUUCAAUAUGGUGUUUGCACUAUUUUUGCUGAAUUUCUUUCAUUAUGCAGAUGAGUAUAAACCCUGUAACCUAUAAACAAAUAAUCCAACUGUGACAUUUAGGAACAUGAUUUCUAAAUCUGGUCCUGUAUUCCAUUGCUUUGCGGUCAAAUUUGGAUACAGUUUGCCAUUAUGUUAUUUAUGCAUGUUACAGACUCAUUUUAUAAACCAUAGUUCAGAAUUGUCAGUUUAAUUAUACAGUGUUUGUUUGCUUUAUACAUGCAGAAUAAUAUUUAUAAUGUGGUAAAGCCGGCACCAGCAAUGAACUACCUUAAUUCACUAGCUUUGCUUUAACUACACUUCCAUUAAUCUAUUGCCAGCCAUCAAUUGGAGAUCAUUAGUUGUUAAGUCAUUAGUCAUUAAUGGUUUGCUUUGUAUGGAGUUUUAGUUUGUCUUGUUGCAAUAAAUGGCUGUUUUACACAGACAAAAAUACAUUAAAGGGAAACUGUCCCUUUCUAAGAUUUUUAAAGGGACGGUACAAGCACCCAAACCAUGUCAUCUCAAUGAAGUAGCCUGGGUGCCACGCUACUGCCUGUAUAACUCUGAAACUCCAAACAGUGCCAUUCUUCAGGAAUGGCAAUGUUCACAUUGCAGGGUUUACAUGCCUCUUGUGACUGUCUCAAUGACAGCCACUGGAGGUUCUUCCACCCUAAUAGCCAAGUUAAACUGGGCUCUUUAAUAGGAUGGUCUCAAGGAUUGGCACAGACUGGCAUAUUGCCAUGCAUGCACACUAGCUUUGUAAUGAUCUCCGCAAAAGUUGCUAAGCGGCAUCUUGGAGACCGCUGCUUUUUAUUAGUCAAUUUGGGUUCUUCAGUCAAUCAUUGUUAUAAGCUCUGUGUGUUGUACUUGGUAGUAGAGAAAGCAUAAAAUAAAGAGGAAAAUAAAACUAUUUUUAUUUGUCACCUCAUUAUUUAUUUUUUAACUGGAAGGUUCCCAUUUGUGUUUAGAGUACUGGGCCUUUAUUUCAACCUUGAAAGAAUUAAACAUCAAACUCACCUUUAUUUCUGCAUUAGGAGAGUCUGCUUUCUCGCGAGGUAUCAUUAAUCAAGUCUCAUAGAGAUACAUUGGAACACUCACUGUGAUCCAGUGGCGGAUCCAGAGCCUGAUCUCGGGAGGGGCACUUGUAGAUUAUUUAAAUAAAUAAUCCAGGCACAAUAAUCACUACAGCUCAUUGUAGUAGUUAUGGUGCCAGUGGUGCCAGGAUCCCAUCCCAGAGUAAGUAGUCAAACCGUUUAAGAACAGUUUGACAACUUACCUGGGGUCUGCUGGAAUAUAGGGCAUAGGAGCAGUGGUAUGUGUGAGGGGUGAAGUGUGUGUGAAAGGUGCAGUGUGUGUUCGUGUGCAGUGAAGUGUGUGUGAGUGCGUGAGGGCGGCAAUGUGUGUCAGGGUUGCAGUGUGUGUGUUAGGGGGCAGUGUGUGAGAGUUGCAGUGUAUGUGUGUUUGGGACAGUGUGUAUGGGGGGCACUGUAUGUGUGUAUAAGGGGCACUGUGUGUGUGGGGGCAAUGUGUGUAUGGGGGCAGUGUAUGUGUUUAUGGGGAGCACUGUAUGUGUGUAUGGGGAGCACUGUAUGUGUGUGUGGGGCACUGUAUGUAUGUGUGGGGCAGUGUGUGUGGGGGGCAAUGUGUCUAUGGGUGUGCAGUGUGUGUGUAUGGGUGGCAGUGUGUGUAUGGGGGCAGUGUAUGGGGCAGUGUGUGUGGGGGCAGUGUGUGUGUGUGUGUGACGAGUGUAUGUAUGGGUGGCAGUGUUUGUGGGGCAGUGUGUGUAUGGGGGCAGUGUAUGUAUGGGGCAGUGUGUGUGGGGGGCAAUGUGUGUCUGGGUGUGCAGUGUGUGUGUGUGACGCAGUGUAUGUGUGGGUGGCAGUGUUUGUAUGGGGGCAGUGUAUGUAUGGGGGCAGUGUGUGUCUGGGUGUGCAGUGUGUGUGUGUGUGACGCAGUGUAUGUAUGGGUGGCAGUGUUUGUGUGGGGCAGUGUAUGUAUGGGGGGCAGUGUGUGUGUGGAGGGGAAGGAGGGUAGGGGGCUUUUAAAUAAUGUUUUUUUUAAUUUAAUUACAUAAAUUUCCCCCCUCCCUUCUUACCUUUACUGAGGGAGGAGGGGGGACAUUUCUCCAUCCCUGGUGGUCCGGUGGGGAUUCCCUGGUGGUCCCAGUGGGGAGAGUGAACUCUAGCCCACGCUCCAGGACUAGAGUUCACUCUUGCGAGAUUUGGAGCGUUGCCGUGGUAAUCGCGGCAACGCUCCGUGCUCGCGAGAGGAGGACCUGGAGGAGCUGCAGGCUGAGCUCCCGGGUCCUCUCUCCUCGCUGCCAGCAUAGUGCCUGCUCCCCGGACAGCAGGCACAUUGCAGGGCUGGCAGUUGGACAAUGCCAGCCCUGCAUUAGCCGGCAGGGGUGAAUCUCGGGGGGGGGGGCAAUUGCCCCGUUGCCCCCCCCUUGGAUCCGCCUAUGCCAUGAUCCGACAACAGUAGAGAAGCAUUGAUUCUACGAAAAGUACUCUCUUCCUCUUUGAACUUUUGUUCAAAGCAAGUAAGGCAGGAAACCAAGCAAAAGUGAUUUAGGGGACUGGAGUUUCCUUUUAACAGAAGUUAUAGGUGGUUUUCAACAUGUUAUUCAGUAGUGUAAUGUCCAUAGAAGUUAAAAUUCCACUUUAAGAGCUAUAAUGUGUUAAAGGGACUUAUCAUAUUUCUUUCUCGUAGUGCUACUAAUUGUAUGCAUUGAUCUAGAGAAAAUAUCUAUUUAUUUUAAAUAGUGUACCUACAGGUACAUUUCUUGUGCUGAGUAACGGAGUUCCUCGGCACAGGUAACAUUUCAAAGGUAGUUAGUGUAGAUAUUUGUGAACAGAUGCGUGCACAGCCACUUGAUCCAAAUUACAUGAACAGCAUGAAUUUUGGUAGUAGAUGGUGGUACGUUUACAUCUAUUUCAGGAAGCAAUCAACAUAUUAUGCAAAUACAGUGUUCUAGUAAAUGUACCUUUUCCUAUUAGCAUUCAGAUAUUUUUAGGAAGAUAUUAAAAUUCUAUAUUAAGUGAUAAGUGUUGUUGUUAAAACAACUUUCUAGAUACAUUAUGGAAUGCAUUGUAUUUUCAAUAGUGCUGCUGUGAUACUACCCUUAAUAUUAUGUUUUAUUUUUUCUGAUUUUCCUUUUUCUAGAAGACAUGCAGUAUUUGUAUGAUGCUGCUACCAAACCCAUGCAGCUACUCAUGCCAUCAGCGGAUACAUCAUCACAAAUCCCCAUACACAUGUCCUGAGUGCGGAGCUAUCUGCCGGUCUGUGCAUUUUCAGACCCAUGUCACCAAAAGUUGUCUACAUUACACCCGCAGGAUAGGUUUUCGGUAAGUUCUCUUGUUUGUAGCAGGAGAGGCAUACAUUCAUUAUUUAACCCUCUCAGUGCGUUCUAGCACACCAAGGUAUAAACUUUCAAUGAUAACAUUGUGGUCCAUCUUCUACCUUGUUGUACUACAUCUUAUUAAUAGUACAUGUUGAUUAAAUGGACACCCAUACAUGCAGUUUACUCCUUUUUUGCAAUACAUUAAGAAAAUGACGCAUUAAAAUGCAAAUACAUUAAUAAAAAGAAAACCUUUCCUCGCAUUUUAUCUGGCUUGCUGCCAAUCUGCAGGGACUUAGCAAUUCCAUUUUAUGUUGAUAUGUACGUCUGCACUCACCAGUAGUUUUGUUAAUGAAUAAAUAAAAUAAGAAAAAAAAUAAUGAAGUCCGCAAAUUAAUAGGAGUCAAUGUUUGGUGUAUAUAUAUAUAUCAAACUGAGGAAGCCUGUACAAGUUUCCCAUAGUUUGUACACAGUGUACAUCUUACACCUGUGAUAUCAUGCAUAAUACAUAGAAUGAAGGAAGGAUAAUGGAUAUUUGAACCAUAGCCUGUUUAAUUAUGGUGCAUAUCUUAUUUCUAUUAUAUGUGCCAUUUUAUGAAUAUAAUAAAAAUGUAACACUCUGCACACCUUGACAGAACCUAAAAUGUAUUUAAGGGUCAUUUACAUUUUGGCACAAUCCAAUUCUUAAUGUCCAAACAAUCUAAUUGCUAUCCAGUGCUAAUGCAGAUUCAUAGAUUCAGAGUUACAGAACACGGACUUGCACUUACUGAAUCAGUUUUUAUUACCAAUAUGCUUGUCUCUAAUGUGCCUGUCCUUUAUAUUAUACUGAGCAUGACUUUAAGUGCAGACAGAUGCAAGCUUUUAGUGCAGCCCCAUCUUGAAACAAUAACCAAGCAGGUUUUUCUUGGGUAUCAUUGGAGAUUUUGCCAUUUCAAUUAAUAGUUUACAGCUCUAUACCUGCCACCACCUGACCUUAUAAUCCAUGGUUUUUGUGGGUCGCAAAGCUGUUCACCAACAGGAAGGGAAAGAGAACUUCCCAAUGCACUCGGAGAUUUACAAAUUAGAUGUCACAUUUUUAGGGCUUGCUUUAUGCCAGUUCCUGAUAUUUACAUUUUGAUUGUGUUUCUCCUAAAUAAUUAAAAGACUAAACCGAAAACAGUGGAACUGCCACAAUCUAGUGAAAGAACCUGCACGAUGAAUGUUGGUAUGAUUAAAACCAUUUUUUGUUUUAGGUGUAUACAUUGCAAUGUGGUUUAUUCGGAAACGGCAGCGUUGAAAUGCCAUAUUCAAGGAUCCCACUGUGAAGUCUUUUACAAAUGUCCGAUCUGUCCAAUGGCGUUUAAAUCCGCACCGAGCACACACUCCCAUGCUUACACCCAUCACCCUGGUGUGAAGAUUGGAGAACCCAAGUAUGUGUCUUCAAAUUUAUCCUGUACUUUACAGCAAGCCUUGCAUUUAUAGUGGCCAACUGUUUUUCUUUUUAUUCUUUUUGUGGUGGAGAAUUGAAAUCUCUAUUUUCCUCUGAUACAUGAAAGAAACACUCCGAGCUAAAAGUUAUCGCCUCAUUUGCAUGCAUGUUACAGAAAAUGUGUUACAGAAAACAGACAUUUUUGAUGAAAUACAUUUAAAUUGAUACCUCCGAAUGUCAUUUAUAUACACAAAAUCUUUUGGCCCAGCUGCAUGUACAGUGAUGUCUGGGGGUCUUUCAGGUACUCCUGUUUCUCUUAUUGAUAUAAAUGGAAAUGCUGAACACAUAAACCCUGAUUAGAUGCACUUUUCAUAAAAUGUGGGCUUUCGUCCAUGCACAACAGCUUCUCAUUUGUAUUAUUUUGUGAAUAAAAAGCAGAAUAUUCAUCUUUCUGUUCAACCUCUGAUUGAAGUACAUUUUGUCAUAGGGGAGAUGUUUCCCCUAAACUGGAAAUAACACAGCUGUAUUUUUUCUUUUGAUUGUCUCUUGUGGUUUUUGCUUGUUAUAUAUUGUACGGUACACCUGGCACUUUUGAAUAAUAUCAAGAUUUUUUUUUUAUGAGAUAUGUUCCAUCAGAUACAUUAAUGUAUAUUGUCAGUAGAACUAAAUGUCGCUCAAUUUAUGCGACUGGAAAGCAGCAUGCAGUCCUUACUUGUUGAUCUGUCUAUUUAAAUAUAGUUUGCAUUACGUGAACUGGAGAAACUGGCCAGGGUCAAUUAAUGCCUCUCUAGUUUUAAUUAUUCAGUUGUCAGGUUUACAGGAAACAUUCGACUAGAAAUGUUCUUAGAACAUUAGUGUGCUAAUCACCGUUUUAGUUAUUGCACUCCUGUGUGGUAUAAUAGACUCUAAUUAAAACAACCAUUGAGAAUGCUUUGUGCACAGAGCAGUUAUGGGGCCAGCUUCUAAAAGUGGAAAUGUUAUCAAAAUCAUUGGAAUGUUCUUGAGAGUAACUGCAUUUUAUGAACGUUCCAUGGUUGCUUUUUUAUACAUAUCCUCCCCCACCUCCAUGAAUUUCUGAAGAAUAGUGGUGAAAUAGAUUUUUUUAAUCCUAUCUGUUAAUGCCAUGAACUUGUAGAACACUGAUGACUGUCGGUGUCUUAGUGUACGGCCGGUAAAAGAUCAUCUGAUCUAAAAGUACCUAAUCAGUUUCCGUUGACAUGCAAUCCUCACAUAGGUGUUGGAUGUCAAUGUCAGUUGUUGAAAUGGUAAUUGUACUUGUGUUUUACGGGGAAGGCGAUGUUGAUAAGCCAUUUUCUCAAACGUCACUAGUUUUAAAUGUCCUCUUUCUUGCGUGAGUAGCUCUCUUAUCAGUAAUGUUCUUUAGCCACAUUGCUGUUACAUUAUUGCAAAAGAUAAUAUUUUAUUAUCUUCUUAUAUUUUAUUUAAAAAUUUUCCACAAAGUCAUCAGAAGUGUUUUUAAAGAAUAAUUUUGCGUUGACCGAACCUUUUAUCACUCAGUUAAAAAAAUUUUACUCUUAAAACCUAAGGUGCUACUGGUCGGACAAGUAACACAAGGCAGCUCAUUUAUGUUUCAUUGUUUCUCGCCUUAUAAAAUAUGUUGAGGAAAGUGCAGAGGAUGGAAAGGAAACAAGCAGAUUUUAUUCAGAAAUUCUACUGUUUGCAGGGAAAAAAAUUGUGAAAAGAAAGACCGCAUUCUGCUUUUAACAGAAAUCGUGCCAUUGAAAAGCUGCAUUAAAUUCUUAAACCCACGUUUGUUAACAUAGUUUUUUAUGUAUUUGAUUAUUCAAUGAAAUGCUUCUACUAAACGUUGUAUGUGCUUUUUUUUUCUCUCAAAACCUGUUUGGGAAGUUCAUUUUAUUACCCUCUAGUUUUACCUAAAUUGCAGAGUUUCCAUAGUGUAUUAAUAAAGACAAUAACAUCUCUUGAUAGUGUGUAUUGGUAUGUGUAUAAGGGAUGCAUAUUAUGGUUACCAUCUUGGGCACUUUAGGACAAACGGUGCACUUUAGGACAAAGUAACUUGGCAUUCCGUCAUCCUGUAUUAAUGGAGUGACAACUUGGAGAUGACUUCUUAAUCUGAUCAAUGCAUUAAAUCUCUGUCCUCCCUUACCCCCUUCCUUCAUGUGCAUGUGUCCAGCUGCUGGGUGUCUCUGUUUUGUAAGGAGCAUUGUGGACACCCACUUCUUUUUUUUUUUUUUUCAAAGACAUUAAGAAAUUCCAAAUGCAUUAUCUUGAGGCUUGGUAUUGCCGCUAACAUCAUAUAUAUAAACAUAUACAUACAUAUAAAAGACAUAGAUACCACUUUGUUUUAUAUAACCAUAGAAUUAUGGCAAAAGGUGGGAAGUUAAUGAACCAACAAAUUUUCAACAAGCCAUUUUAGAAGUGAUCCUGUGAGGAGAGAUGAAGAUGAGGGGGUGGCAGUGCUGAGGAAGGUGUGAUAUUCAUUUAAGUAUAUCCCCGUUCCCUUUUUCUCGUCAGAUGUGAUGUAAUAUCCAGGGGAUCUCUACAAACAGAGAGAGAUCCACAUGUGACAAUACUACUUUUAAACACUUAUACUACUAUAAAAAAAUAAAUAAAAUAAAAAAGUUACUGGCACACUAUCCCAAAUCUCUAUGCAUAUUUAAAUAAAUGGAGGUUUUUAGUAUCCGUCCAAUGGCCAUUAGAUGUAAGCCCACCCGCCAUGUCAAGGCAAACCUGUUAGGUGAGUCCUACCCUAACAAUUUACAUUGCUUCCUUCAGCUUCAGGUAGUGUAGGACUCCCCUAAGAGGUUUGCCUUGACGUGGCAGGUGAGCUUCCACACAAUUGCCAUUAAAGUGAUACUAAAAACCUCUAGUUAUUUAAAUAUACAUAUUUGGGAUAGUGCGCAAGUAACUCUUUUCUUUGUUUUUUAUUGUAUGUUUUGGGGCUGAUGUGUACUAUGGUCAUUGCUGCCGCCCAGGAAUCGUGGGAGUUUGAGCGUAAGACUUAUCUUUGUAUACUUCUACUACUAUACCUUAAAAAAAAAUAGUGUCUAUUGAGCAAAACAGAAUGUUGAAAAAAAUAUUAUCCUGUUUAUUUAUAGAUUUAUUUAUUUUGAAUAUAGAAUUUAAAUGAAAUCUCCCAAGUUGUAGGGCCACAAGCUAGCAUAUGCUGCACAGUGAUCCUGUCGAUGCAAGACAUACACAACGUAUACAAGAGUUUGGUGAUUAGUGAAUAUUUAUUACACUUUCAAUCAUUUAAUUGUGUUUCUUUCUAAGCCAGGAAUUAUGUAGUAAGCAAAAUGUUUCUCUUUUUAGGACUAUAUACAAAUGUUCCAUGUGUGACACAGUGUUUACACUCCCGCCGUUACUUCAUCGACAUUUUGAUGUGCAUCUCGAGAACCAGAAAGUGUCCGUAUUCAAGUGUCCCGACUGCUCGCUGCUGUUUGCACAGAAGCAGCUAAUGAUGGAUCACAUCAAGGUAUGAUAAGAUGUAUUCUGUACCCCGAGAAGCUGAUAUACUCCUAUUGCUUUAAUGGGUUUGCAGGAGGUGUGUCAAUUCCGAAACGUGCAGAUUAUUUAAUGACGUAUAUCGAAUUAUGCCAUUAAAAAAAAAAAUAUUUUAGCAAAAGACCACUGCAUUUUUACACUAAUUUCUCUUUUAAUGUAGAGAUAAAUUACAUUACCAUAAUUUUAAUUACUGUGGAGCUCUGUAAUUCACUUCUAUUUUCCAGAAAAAAUAGAUGGAGGAUUUUGAUCACAAUCCUUCCAAAAGAGGAACAACCUUGCAAGUCUAAUAUUCUAAGGGCUCAUCACAAACAUCCGAGUAAUCCCCAAUUCUUUUUAUAAAUAAUUUGCACUGGUUCUCUGCAUUUUUGCUGGGAAUUUGUGUAAAAAUUGAUAAUUAUAGGGUUUGUAUGAAAUGAAAGUUAGUGUCUCAGUUCCUGUUUUUUUAUUUGGUGUGAUAAUACCCUGAUGGGUCAAUAUUGGACUUGUGCACUGCAAAAAAAAUUGAUUUGGCUGAAUCAAUCUGUCCAAAACAAAUUAUUGUGUCAGCCAAUUCUGGAUUCAUUGAUAUGGUGUUUCGGUUUGAAUGCAUUUCAUGAAUGCAAUUAUUUCGGAGAAAAACAUUUGGUUGAAACAAAAUGUUGUGGUACACUGAUUAUUAUUAUUAUUAUUAUUGCCAUUUAUAUAGCGCCAAUAGAUUCCGUAGCGCUUUACAAUAUUUUGAGAGGGGGGAUGUAACAAUAAAUAGGACAAUUACAAGAAAACUUACAGGAACAAUAGGUUGAAGAGGACCCUGCUCAAACGAGCUUACAGACUAUAGGAGGUAGGGUAUUAGAAACGUUAGGACAUGAAAUAUCAAGUAGGAUUGAAGCAGAGCUGGAGGAGAGAGCAAAUCACUGUCCCAUAGGAGAGAGCAGGAGACAGGUAUGUAAGGUAGAGAUUACUCUGGGAGGCCAUAAGCUUUCCUGAAGAGAUGGGUUUUAAGGCCCUUCUUAAAUGAUUGAAGACUAGGGGAGAGUCUGAUGGCAGUAGGCAAGCUAUUCAAUAGGAGAGGAGCCGCCCGUGAGAGGUCCUGCAAGCGCGAGUUGGCCGUACGGGUGCGAGCAGCGGUCAGGAGGUGGUCACGGGCAGAGCGGAGGGUACGAGGAGGGGCAAAUCUAUGGAUUAGUGAAGAGAUAUAAGUGAGGCUAGAAUUGUUCAGUGCUUUAAAUGUAUGGGUUAGCACUUUUAAUUGACUCCUAUAGCAUACAGGGAGCCAAUGUAAGGACUGGCAGAGGGGUGAGGUGUGAGAGGACAGACUAGAGAGGAAAAUCAGUCUAGCUGCAGCAUUCAUUACAGACUGCAAUAGGGCUUUUGGGGAUACCAAUCAGGAGAGGGUUACAGUAAUCCAUGCGGGAAAUUACUAGAGCAUGGACAAGCUCCUUGGUAGCAUCUUGCGUAAGAAAGGGGCGAAUGCGGGCUAUGUUUUUGAGUUGGAACCUACAGGACUUGGCAGCAAACUGGAUGUGAGACUCAAAGGUGAGACCAGAGUCAAGUAUGACGCCAAGACAGCGUGCUUGCAGGGAUGGACUUAUGUGGAUAUCACUGACUUGAAGGAAGAGCGAGAGAGGAGGAUCAGUAUUAGGAGGAGGAAAGACAAGGAGUUCAGUUUUAGAGAAGUUAAGUUUCAGAAUGUGUGAGGACAUCCAGUCAGAGAUGGAAGAAAGGCAAGCAGUGACGUGUAGCAGGACGGCAGGGGAGAGGUCCGGGGAGGAGAGGUAUAUCUUAGUGUCAUCAGUGUACAGGUGGUAGUGGAAUCCAAAAGAGGGAAUAAGUUUACCAAGAGAGACAGUAUAAAGAGAAAAUAGAAGGGGACCAAGGACAGACCCUUGGGGAACUCCAACCGAUACAGGACGAGGGGAGGAGGUGUCCUUGGAAAAGGAGACACUGAAUGAGCGUUGGGAGAGAUAGGAGGAAAACCAAGAGAGGACAGAGUCACAGAGACCGAGCGAUUGAAGAGUUUGAAGGAGGAGAGCAUGAUCAACGGUGUGAAAGGCAGCAGAGAGGUCAAGGAGAAUUAAUAUGGAGUAGUGACCUUUGGAUUUAGCGGAGAUUAGGUCAUUAGUCACUUUGAUAAAAGCAGUCUCAGUAGAGUGGAGAGGGCGGAAGCCAGACUGAAGAGGGUCAAGGAGAGAGUUGGAAUUAAGAAAGCAGGACACACGGGUAAAGACAAGUCUUUCCAAAAGCUUUGAUGAGAAAGGGAGCAGGGAUAUGGGACGAUAGUUAGAAGGGGAGGAUGGGUCAAGAGAUGUUUUUUUCAGGAUAGGUAUUACAGUGGAAUGUUUAAGGUCAGCAGGAACAGUGCCAGAAGAGAGAGAGCAGUUAAAGAUGUGUGUUAGGGUAGGCACAAGACAAGGGGAGAGAGAUCUGAUCACAGAUCAAGUGUGAUAAAGUAACCAAUAGAUGUAAAAAGUAGGAGCAGUAAAUAAAUGUAUAUUUAUAUAAUCGUGAUAUAAUAUAGAAGUGACUCACUUUAUUAAUUAAACUUAUUAAACUAAAGUUAAAGCUAAAUUGAAAACAGAAUUGACUUUUUUAAUUUUGAAAUUCACUUUGAAUUCCUGGCAAUUCCUAUUAAUAUUUAAAGGACUACUAUAGUCACCCAGACCACUUCAGCUCAAUGAAGUGGUCUGGGUGCCAGGUCCCCCAGGUUUUAACCCUUCAGAUGUAAACAUGGCAGUUUCAGAUAAACUGCUAUGUUUACAUUGCUAGGUUACUCCAGUCUCUAGUGGCUGUCUUCCUGACAGCCGUUAGAGGCACUUCUGCAACGCUGAAUGCGGAAAUCACAUCCAGCGUGCAGAACGUCCAUAGGAAAGCAUUGAAAAAUGCUUUCCUAUGGGCGUUUUUAAUGCGUGUGCAGCUCUGGCCACGCAUGCGCAUUCCGCUCCACUCAGGAGCUGACGUCAGAGUGGGAAGAAAGGUCACCAGCUCAGAGGGAGCCCAGCACUGGAUUAAAGUAAGUAACUGAAGGGCUUUUAACCCCUUCAGCGCCAAGGGAGGGGUGCCCUCAUGGGUUAUAUACAGGGAGUGCAGAAUUAUUAGGCAAAUUAGUAUUUUGACCACAUCAUCCUCUUUAUGCAUGUUGUCUUACUCCAAGCUGUAUAGGCUCGAAAGCCUACUACCAAUUAAGCAUAUUAGGUGAUGUGCAUCUCUGUAAUGAGAAGGGGUGUGGUCUAAUGACAUCAACACCCUAUAUCAGGUGUGCAUAAUUAUUAGGCAACUUCCUUUCCUUUGGCAAAAUGGGUCAAAAGAAGGACUUGACAGGCUCAGAAAAGUCAAAAAUAGUGAGAUAUCUUGCAGAGGGAUGCAGCACUCUUAAAAUUGCAAAGCUUCUGAAGCGUGAUCAUCGAACAAUCAAGCGUUUCAUUCAAAAUAGUCAACAGGGUCGCAAGAAGCGUGUGGAAAAACCAAGGCGCAAAAUAACUGCCCAUGAACUGAGAAAAGUCAAGCGUGCAGCUGCCACGAUGCCACUUGCCACCAGUUUGGCCAUAUUUCAGAGCUGCAACAUCACUGGAGUGCCCAAAAGCACAAGGUGUGCAAUACUCAGAGACAUGGCCAAGGUAAGAAAGGCUGAAAGACGACCACCACUGAACAAGACACACAAGCUGAAACGUCAAGACUGGGCCAAGAAAUAUCUCAAGACUGAUUUUUCUAAGGUUUUAUGGACUGAUGAAAUGAGAGUGAGUCUUGAUGGGCCAGAUGGAUGGGCCCGUGGCUGGAUUGGUAAAGGGCAGAGAGCUCCAGUCCGACUCAGACGCCAGCAAGGUGGAGGUGGAGUACUGGUUUGGGCUGGUAUCAUCAAAGAUGAGCUUGUGGGGCCUUUUCGGGUUGAGGAUGGAGUCAAGCUCAACUCCCAGUCCUACUGCCAGUUCCUGGAAGACACCUUAUUCAAGCAGUGGUACAGGAAGAAGUCUGCAUCCUUCAAGAAAAACAUGAUUUUCAUGCAGGACAAUGCUCCAUCACACGCGUCCAAGUACUCCACAGCGUGGCUGGCAAGAAAGGGUAUAAAAGAAGAAAAUCUAAUGACAUGGCCUCCUUGUUCACCUGAUCUGAACCCCAUUUAGAACCUGUGGUCCAUCAUCAAAUGUGAGAUUUACAAGGAGGGAAAACAGUACACCUCUCUGAACAGUGUCUGGGAGGCUGUGGUUGCUGCUGCACGCAAUGUUGAUGGUGAACAGAUCAAAACACUGACAGAAUCCAUGGAUGGCAGGCUUUUGAGUGUCCUUGCAAAGAAAGGUGGCUAUAUUGGUCACUGAUUUGUUUUUGUUUUGUUUUUGAAUGUCAGAAAUGUAUAUUUGUGAAUGUUGAGAUGUUAUAUUGGUUUCACUGGUAAUAAUAAAUAAUUGAAAUGGGUAUAUAUUUGUUUUUUGUUAAGUUGCCUAAUAAUUAUGCACAGUAAUAGUCACCUGCACACACAGAUAUCCCCCUAACAUAGCUAUAACUAAAAACAAACUAAAAACUACUUCCAAAAAUAUUCAGCUUUGAUAUUAAUGAGUUUUUUGGGUUCAUUGAGAACAUGGUUGUUGUUCAAUAAUAAAAUUAAUCCUCAAAAAUACAACUUGCCUAAUAAUUCUGCACUCCCUGUAGUGUCAGGAAAACAAGUUUGUUUUCCUCACACUAUAGUGAUCCUUUAAUAAAACAUGAAUAACACAUACAUGGUAUGGAAACAAAAUAUUCAUCGAUGGCAGAGUUUGUAUUUCACCUGGGGUCUGGCUCUCAGAACCUCGUCACCUAUUGCAUAUUUUGUAGCUCUAUUAUAACACUCGUGUUCUCAGCUUCAAGCUUUGUUAAGAAAACAAAACUCACUUGUAUAUUUGUGUCUAAUUUGUUCCAUUGUUGUCAACUCUGUACUCAAACUUUGCAAAGAAAGUUUAUUUGUUUUUAGACAUAAUUUUAGUUUUCUUUUUUCUCUGGUAAUCACAGAUAGUCCAAAUGUUUAUAUACGACUGGUAGUUUACUUCCUCUAAAGCAAGUAGAAGCUGGGGUACCUGUGAUGUGCUCUUAGUAUUUAUCUGUUUAUCGUACUCUCAGAGCCUAGCUAACCAACUAACUUAAAUGUAAUAGAAAUACAUGAAGUGAGACACUGUGCUUUCAAAUGCCUUGUCCUAAUCUGCUAUAAUCUGAACAUCAGUAAAUUAUUGUCUACAAAAUACAGUAAAUUAUUUUUUUUAAGAGUUGAUCUUUUGUCAAUCUUAACUAACCACUAGUUCAACUCAUUUUGCCUAAUAGAAAUAGCAGAUCCAAUAACGGAACAAGUGGAGUAUUGAUUCAUUUAGAUUCCAAGGUUAUCGCGUUACAAGUGACAGAAUUAUUUAAUAAAGUUGGAGUUCAAUUUGAGAAGCUGGAUGGCGAGCAUAGUUCGGCUAUUUUGACCUUAAAUUUUAAAUCCACUUUGAAUUCACCUUGAAUUCUCACUUUAGUGAAAAACCCCGUGAGUGUGAGUACACUCCUGAUUCUGCUAUAAAGUGUUACUUUUCUAAUUGACAGGAUUAAUUUACAAAAGGGCUGUAACAAUGUUUUUCAUGGAAACAUUUCACAGAUCUUUUUUUAUUUAUAAUUUGUUUAUUAUUAUUUUUCUUGUAUAUCAAACAUACAUAUAUACAUAUACAUACAUUGCAUACCUAACAUACAAUGCAUACAAAAUAAAUACAUUGAAUACACAAAUCCAUAUAGACUAACAAACAUAUAACAAAGUUGAUCGUCCUGUCCUAUUCGUUCAGCUUGGUACUUAAAUUACAUAGAGGGUUAGAUUAAAUUCCCACUUCUUCAAAGAUUACCAAUUGAUUAAUACACCAUAAAUACUUUCCAAUAUUUAAUUCUCCAAGACUCUUAUCCAAUCAUCCCAGAUCUCAUAUUGUCUAAUAUUAAUGCUUAAAUUAGAGGCUAUUCCCCUUUCCAUUUUACAUUGAGUAAUAAUAGAUGCCUUAAUUUGCGGCCAUGAGUCAAUUGUCAUCUUCUUCCAAUUUUUUGCAAUAGCCAUCUUAAAGGCCAUCAACGCCUGAAUCAACAAAUCUCUCUUUCCUUUAGUUAAUUGCGGCAAGUUUAAAUGUAAUAGCACAUUGUCUGGGGUCCAGAUGUAAGUUAUAUCCAGCAAUUUAUUUAUAUAACCUAAAAAUUGAGACCAAGCUACCUUAAUUGGUGCACAAUCCCACUAUAUAUGUAGUUCAUUUGCUCCCUCAUUUCCGCAUCUCCAGCAUCUAGCUGUCCCUACCUUUGCAAAUUUCUGGAUCUUAUUGGGAGUUAGGUACCAUCUAUUAAGUAUUUUAAAAUGUGCUUCCCUAAUAUUUAGACAGUGUAUCGUCGUAUAAACUGAUUGUAGAGCCUUAUACCAUUCCUUUAUAUCAAAUUUUUUUAACAAAUCUCUUUCCCAUUUGCUUUUAGCUAUAGAAUAGACAGAUCUUUUUAUGCUUUUUAUAACCUCAACACAUCUAGUUAGUAUUUUAAUAUUUUUCUCUAAGUCUAUGAGAGCAUUUAAUUUAGAUAAAGUAAAAGAACUCCUAUUACUUCCAAGAGAGCUUUGCAAAAAGCUCUUGAUCCUAAUAUAAUUAAAGGCUUGUGAAUAUGAAAUACCAUAAAUUCUACGUAUCUCAGUAAAGCGAAUAAUCUUCCCAUCUACUAAUAGGUCCGCCAAUUUUUUGAUGCCAAGUCUAGUCCAUUCGGACGUAUCCAUAUUUUCCAUCCAUAUAUGUAGAUUUUUAAAAGUCAAGGCAGGUAAAACUUUAUUUUUCAAAUCUAAUUGGUUUUUGAGAUGGAACCAGAAUUUUAGGAGAGGUCUAGUUAUCAUAUUAUCCGUCAUGCAUCUUAUAUUUUUAAUUCUACUAUUAUUUCUUAUAGGCCACAUGAAUCUAACGUUAUUGUAUGGAUCUGUAAUAUCUGCUCCUUCUAUUUUAAACCAAUCUUGUGGACAAUAAUAUUGUUUAAUUAGAGGAAGAGUAUGCAUCAACUGUGCCGCUUGGUGGUACAAGAAAAUGUUAGGAAAACCAAUCCCUCCUUCUUUAUACUUCAGAUAUAAGAGAUCCUGGCCUAUUCUAGGUUUCCUAUUAGCCCAUAUGUAGUCCCUAAAUAUCUUAUUCACAAGUCUAAGCCGCUGAGGAUGGAUCUGUAGAGGAAUCAUCCUCAAUAGGUAAAUAAAUUUAGGAAAAACAUAUGACCUAAUAAAAUUUCAUUUCACAGAUCUUAGUUUGGUUUUUGCUUCAGUUAUUAUGAUUAUUAUUAUUAUUGCCACUUAUAUAGCGUCAACAGAUUACAUAGCGCUUUACAAUAUUAUAAGAGGGGGGAUUUAACUAUAAAUAGGACAAUUACAAGAAAACUUACAGGAACGAUAGGUUGAAGAGGACCCUGCUCAAACGAGCUUACAGUCUAUAGGAGGUGGAGUGUAAAACACAAUAGGACAGGACAUAGCAAUCAGAUAAGGUGGGAGUAAAGCAGAGCUGAAGGAGAGAGUAGAGUGCUGCCCUUUAGGAGAGAUCAAGAGACAGGUAUGAAAGGUAGAGGUUACUCUGGGAGGCCAUAAGCUUUCCUAAAGGCACUUUUUAAAAGAUGCAAGACUAGGGGAGAGUCUGAUGGCAGUAGGCAGGCUAUUCCAUGGGAAGGGAGCAGCCAGCGAGAAGUCCUGCAAGCGUGAGAUGGCCGUACGCAUGCGAGCAGCGAACAGGAGAAGGUCACGGGCAGAGUGGAGAGACCGAGAAGGGGCAUACGUAUGGAUCUGUGAAGAGAUAUAAGAGGGACUAGAAUUGGUCAGUGCUUUAUAGGUGUGGAUUAGCAGGAAGCCAAUGUAAGGACUGACAGAGGGGUGAGGUGUGAGAGGAGAGACUAGAGAGGAAAAUCAGUCUGGCGGCAGCAUUCAUUACAGACUGUAGCGGGACAAUACGACUUGUGGGAAGACCUAUUAGGAGAGAAUUACAAUAAUCCAUUCUAGAGAUUACUAGAGCAUGGACAAGCUCCUUGGUAGCAUCUUGUGUAAGAAAGGGGGCUAUGUUUUUGUGAUUGUACUGCAUUGAUUGUUAUUUUAAUAUUGUGGUCCCUGAGGAAGUCCCAUAUUUUGUAGAAGGGACGAAACGCGUAGGACCUUUAUUUGUAUCUAUUUUAUAUUUUUAUACAAUUAAAGCCGCUUUUUUCAUAUCUUCACCUGGAGUCCUGCAUUUUGAGUGGAAGUGUCCAGGGGAUUUCUUUAGCCCCCCAUAUCAUCAGGGGUGGCACCAUAUAUGCCUGAACUGUCCAAUAUCCUGUGAGUGCAUUUUAUAUUGCGCAGUGUUAAUAUUGUAAAACUGUAUUACACUAUACCUCUUUUUAUUUAUCUUCAUUUAGACAAUCAGCCGGUUCCCUCGUUGUGUUUUGUAUAUUCUAGAGAUUACUAGAGCAUGGACAAGCUCCUUGGUAGCAUCUUGUGUAAGAAAGGGGGCUAUGUUUUUAAGAUGGAAUCUACAGGAUUUGGCAACAUACUGGAUGUGAGGCUCAAAGGUGAGGCCAGAAUCAAGUAUGAUGCCAAAACAGCGCGCUUGCGAGGAUGCACUUGUGUGGAUACCACUAACCCUAAGGGAGAGCGAAAGAGAAGGAUCAGUAUUAGGAAGAGGAAAGACAGGGAGCUCAGUUUUAGAGAGAUUGAGAUUCAGAAAGUGGGUAGACAUCCAGUCAGAGAUGGAAGAAAGGCAAGCAGUGACACUUUGCAGGACGGCAGGGGAGAGGUCCGGAGAGGAGAGAUAUAUCUGGGUGUCAUCAGUGUACAGGUGGUAGUGGAAUCCAAAUGAGGGUAUAAGUUUGCCAAGAGAAGCACUAUAAAGAGAAAAUAGAAGGGGACCAAGGACAGAGCUUUUGGGGGACUCCAACCGAGACAUGAUGAGGGGAGGAGGUAUCAUUAGAAAAGGAGACACUGAAUGAGCGUUGGGAAAGAUAAGAGGAAACCCACGAGAGGACAGAGUCACAGAGACCAAGUGAUUGAAGAAUUUGAAGAAGGAGAGCAUGAUCAACGGUGGAAAGAAAAGAGAAGCGCAGCCAACCCAUGUUCAGUAGCCGGGGAGAAAGUCUGAAGGGUAGGAAAGGCAUGAUCUAAGUGUGGUUGCGAAAGAAAACGGCAAGUUCUAAUGCAGGUUCAAAAUGACUUUAGAAUUUAAAAUUAGAAUUAAAAAAAACUGAAAACAGAGUUGACUUUUUUAUUUUUGAAUUUCACUUUGAAUUCCUGGCAAUUUUUCUUAAUAUUUCAUAAAACAUGAAUAAAACAUAAAUGGUGUAGAAACAAAAUAUUCCAAGUUAAUCAUAUGUUUUUCUUAACAGUCUAUGCAUGGAACAUUAAAGAGUUUUGAAGGACCUCCAAAGUUUGGACUAAAUCUACCUUUGAGCAUGAAACCCACUACUCAGAACUCUUCUAGUCCUGUAAAUGAGGAACUGAAACCUGUUAAUGGUGCAGAAAAGCCAGAGAAAAAAAAUGCCAACCCUGAGAAAAAGACUGGUUCGUACCGCAAGAAAGCUACCAAACCUGGGUGGACAUGCUGGGAUUGUGAUCAACUCUUUAAUCAGAGAGAGUUGUAUAUAUCACACAUGAAAAAAGAACAUGGAAAGGUAAAUGGGCUUUUUAUUUCUUGGUCAAGUCAUGCUUCAGAAUUGUAUUUGAAAUGGAAAUCCUGGAAAAUAAAGAUUAGAAUUAAAGAUAAAAUAAAUCUUGUAUUAGUUAAAGAUAUAUUUGUAGCAUUGUGUUCUUCUGGAAUAUGGGUGCUGCAAAAAACUUUAUUGGGGUUAGAGUGCAGUGCAAGGUUCUAAAGCAAGGAAUAUGGGUAGCGCACUGUUCUACAAACUUACUGAUGUGGCACAAGUCUGUGUAGGGGGAGGAAGAGAAACAUCUCAAUAGGUUGGUUGUUUACUAAGAGCAGGGCCGGAAUGGGAAAAUAAUUUGGCCCGGGCAUUUUUUAAUCACAUCGGCCCACUGAAAAAGGGAUGGGGCAAGAUAGGGUGGGUUUUGUCAUCCCCAAUGACAAGCACGCCCCAUCUCAAAGUGGGCAUGCUGGUUCAAUGCUCAUCCAGGGCAGACCAUGCGCAGAGCUCCAUAAAUGGGAUACCAAGAGACAAAAAUGCCAGGAAAGCGUACUGUGCAUGUGGUUGGAGCCAGCUUAUGGGAUUGCAUGUGUGAAGAGUGAGCUGACUGUGGUGUGGUAUUGUGUUAAUAGGUUGGUUUCAGUCAUGUUGUGUUUGUGGUAUAAUGUGAUGUAUGUGUGUCUAGGUGCUGUAGAGAAUGUGUGUAUAGGGGGCAUAGUGUGUAUAGGGGAUGUAGCGAGUGUGUGCAUACAGGCUGUAGUGUGCGUGUAUAAGUGAUGUAGUGUGUGUAGGGGUUGUAGAGAGUGUGUGUUUAGGAAAUGUAGUAUAUGUUUGCUUACAAGUAAUCUAGUGUGUGUGUAGGUGGUGCAGUGUGUGUGUGUAGGGGAUCUAGUGUGUGUUUGAAGGGCCCACAGUGUGUAUAGGACAUCUAGUGAGUGCGUGUAGAGGAUUCAGAGUGUAUAUAGGGAUGUAGUGUGUGUAUAUGUGUAGAUGAUUCAGAGUUGGGGACUGUGCUGCCAUCCCUGGUAGUCCUAGUGGUGAGUGAACUAUAGCCUGUGGGUCAUGGCAAUGCUCCAGAUCCCGUGAGAAGAACCCGGCAGAGCUGCAAGAUAGAGCUCCUCCGGGUCCUCCUCUCCCUCCCCCACCGGCAUCCUCAUUACACUGCCUGUGGGCCAGUGUGGGAGAUCUUUGAUCUCCCCACCGACCCGUCAUGGAAUGCAGCUCGGAUAGCGCGGCCCUGCAUGGACCGGCUAGGGAAAUCCUGUGACCUACCCUGCCGGCCUCGGCCCAUAAGCUUCGAUGGCCAGUCCAGACCUGACUAAGAGUGCUCUAUGCUGGCUAGCGGAUGUGCGAUGAAACUCAUCAUGGCAGUCUGCCAGUUCUGUGCGGGGGAUCUUGGAUAUAAACAACUUUUGCAAGCAUUUUGCUGUUGUUAAAAGUGUUUGGAUGGACGGUAUGAUUUUUGUGAGAACUCUCUGCCCACCUUUUUUGUAAAAAGAAAUUAGAGAGAAAUGUAUAAGCAAUAAAUCAUAGUAGCCUUUCUUGUGACUAUUGUGAAGUGCGGAAAACCCUCUAAAACUCUAAGCAUCAAAGCAACUUUAGCUUAAUGAAGCAGUUUUAGUUUUCAGACCAUGCCCGGGCAGCCUAACUCCUUAAAUAACUAAAAUUAAAGCGUUAAAUAAUGUUGUUUAUGCAGCCUGAAACACACCACUCCAACUAUACUAACACAGUCCCCUGCACACACCUAAGAAAGUCUACAUUCUUUAGCUUCCCUUGUUGCACAGUAUGUUUAAUUUAGAAGUUAAUAUCUCCUGCUCUGUUAAUUGCCUGUUACAGCAUGCAGUAGCUUCCUGUGUGUUAUUAAAGUUCAAUUAAUAGAGCAGAUGAUAAUAGCUGCCAAAGUAAACUCACUCAUCAAGUACCAGUUCAAGAGUUAAAUGGGGUGUUAAAAUGGCGAGUAGAAUUCUGGAAUAACAGAAGAAUUAGCUAUUUGUUACCUUACAAAUUUAAAAUUAUCACGUCAAUUUUACAACUGCUUUACUUAAGUGCUUCUUAAUAUUUUAUGAGAUGUUUUCUCAGUUAAAAAGUAAAAACACUGAAAUGCAAGCGAGACAGGGGUCUUCGAGUGAAGUAAUUCAAACUCUAUAUAAACAUUCAAAUUCUUUUCUUCUGGAUGCACUUUUUGUAAGCUCAGGAUGUCCUCAGAUUCAUAGCUGUACUAAGAGUUGUCUCUUCUCCGUAUUACCAUCCUACAAAAGCAUACAAAUUGCAUUUUCAGGAAAAGGCUUUGGCAUGUGUGUGCAGAGUAUGGUAUUCAGGAAAAUCGAAACCAAGACUUCUAUAGACUUAGAUAAAAGAAUAAAGGAAAUGAGAAAAAUUUAUCACCCGCAUAAUAUAAUAAUAUAAUCAAAAUGCAUAGGUAGGUGGGAUUACAAUAAUAUGAAAAUUAAAAAAACUGAAAAAUCUCAUUCAGAUUUUUUUUAUGAUUUUAGGGUUACUUCUGGAAGGUAAAGGGAUCACAAUUAGAGGUGAUCCCUUGAAUAGUAUAUAGCUCUACAGACUGUAUGUUCAGUAUUAUUGAGAAUAAAAUAUAUUUGACAAUAUUUCCACAGAAAUCCUUCUUAGUAAAAUUAUGCCAAGGGCUGGCCGGGAUUGUAACUCCCUGUAAUCUGAGGUGGACCAAGACGUAUAUGUCCCCAGAAUGAAGAAAGAUGAUCAGUGCUUUGUUCCCUGUUCAUCACGUAAAUAAAUGCACAGAUCAUGCCAUUAUCCAUACUUUUCAAGGUCUGCCUGAGAUUAGUGUUACACUCUUGAGCAGUAUAUGUUGCCAUUUUAAUGACCGGAUGAGAAAUAGCUGCUGCCUAGGACUGUAACUCCCACUAAUAUCCAGCAGCACUGGAACGUGUAAUUACCCAGUGCAGAUCCUAGUAUAGUCUUAUGAUGUAUUGCUGGCCUACACUCUGUAGAUCAGUGAUAGCAAGCUUUGUCACUCCAGAUGUAUGAGAACUGCUGGUUUUCGCAAGGUUGGCUAUCACUAGUGUACGUGCUUUAUUUGGAAUAUUCAAAGUGCCAGUAUUCUAGAAUCAUAAUUCCUUUAUCUGGGUAUUCCAGAGACUGAUACAUUAUCCACAUUACAAACCAAUGUAACACAGUUUAAUUACAGUUAAGGAUUCAUUUAUUUUCAUUAAGCUGGGUACUGGUUCUCAAUGCUCCUUUUCUUUGUCAAGUUUGUGGUUUGUGUAUGUGUUUAAAAUGUGUGCGUACACCUCCAGUUGUACGGAUUAAGUAGGCCUAGUUUAACAUAUAUUUUAAUGUUUACGUCAAUCUUUCCUACAGCAAAUGAAGAAGCACCCGUGCCGCCAGUGCGACAAGUCAUUCAGUUCUUCUCACAGUCUGUGUCGGCACAAUCGUAUCAAACACAAGGGAAUCCGUAAAGUUUAUGCCUGCACGUGAGUUCUGCCUUUCUAAUUGCACCACUUCAACAUCAACCAAACCUGCAUGUCUGUAUUGUCAUCAUACGCCUUCUUUCCACAUACCCCUCUGGGUCCAAGUGCCAAGUUAUGUAUUUUGCAUUAAGUAAUUCUGCAUUGAGGAUUACAAUUUAUUAAAUUAUUUAUUAAACCCUUGCCCAGUUUCGCGGUAAUGAGGUAAAUGUUUUUGUAACAGUUUUCCCUCUUAUCUGCACCCUGCCAAGCUCCUGGACUCCUUUCAGGGCUGGUGACAACAUGUUUUCAGUUUUUGUAGAAGCCAGAGGUCAAUCCAGUCACCAUUCAUUGGCUGAAAGUGGCAGCUUGACCGUUCUCAGCCAAUUAAUGUAAUUGUGUGCAUGAAAAUGUGCACAGAAUUGACAUUCGCCAGCCCUGAACUCUUGUCCUGCCCCAUGAUGCGGCAAGAGGUGGAGUUACACCUUACGCAGCAGAAGGUGUUAUUCUCCAAAUGUACAGCGUUUCAUAGCAAAAUGCUGCACCAUGACCCAUUCAGAUUGCUGAAGUGGUCAAGGUGCUUGGAAUAACAGAUUAAUAGUAAGUUCCCUAUUUCUAGAAGGUUUAAAAUCACCUCAAUCUAUCAUAUCAUUCAACCCAACUCUUGCUCCCGUCUAAAAUCUGUCUUAUUUAGCCACUUGAUUUUUCUAGUUGUAGAUAGCUGAAGCUUCAUCAAUUCUUCCCAGUAGUUUAAAAUGCAUUUCUUGACCAUUGGCAUCCAAAGGUCUACCUAUUAAGCAUUAUUAUAAAUAGGAAUUUUAUUUUUUAAAUGUAUAUACUUCUUAAUUGUCACACAUUGUGCUGGACAGCCUUGAGUUGGGAUCUAUGUCCACUUACCUCCAUCAGGUACUUCAUGACAAUGUUGUCUGUGUGUUGUCUGCACCGCUUUACCGAAGCACAGACGGAAUAACCAAAGCUCUGUACAAACUGGAUCAAUUAAACAUUCAAUUAGCAAAUAUGACUGUACAAAAUUAUAAAUAGAAGCAUUUUCAUCCUCUUCCUAUCAGCAACUAAUACAUACCUACAAUCAAGGACCCUUUAAAAUCUGAAACACGAAAGGAUGUUUUGUGGCUUAUCUUUUAUUGGAUAUACUGCUGAUCACUCUCAAUCAACAAUUUUUUCCAUGCGGUUUUGAACCGUGUCAGUUAAACAUGCAUUGGCUUCCAGCUCAAAGUGGUAUGCAAUAUAUGAAAUUCAAAUUUGUAAUCUUCUUUUGAGUGCAUUAGUUCAGUGCCGCGCUGUGCAUCAUCAGCUUCUAGACGAGCAAUUGGAAGGAAGUUAAUGCAUUGAGGCAUUUUAGAUCAACAUUGCAGAGGAGCCAGGAUGAAAGGGAGCAAUAAGGGAUUGAACCUGAAUAUGACUGAUUAAUACCUGAACACAGGAUUCCUAUUGUUGUGAGACUCCAAGAGUCCGUUUCUAGUCAACAUCCCCCGUCUCUAAAUUCUGGGCAGUCCAUGUACAACAUGUACCAUUGCUAUAAUUAUUAUUAUUAUUGGCAUUUAUAUUGCGCUUUGCAGUCCUAGAACUAGGGAUAUUUGACAAAACGUCAUUGACAUACAAAAUUAUAUUGACGGGGCGGCCCUUCCGGUGCUGCCAACAGGUUGCAUGGCGCAUUAGCUCCGCAGCAGUUCAUAGCAAUUCCCUUCCGUGAAAACGAGCAACUGAGCACAGGUGAAGGUAGCGCAACAUUGGGAGCACCUAAUGGCACCCCCCCAAAAGCUCAGAGAGUGCAAGAUUUCUUCCAUUCCUGGAAGAAAGAAAAAACGCGGCCUUUCCAAGAUGGAGGCGGCGCGGCUUCGCCAGCCCGACUGUUGGAAGCAGGAUCAGAUGCAGAGUCAGUGCACUUACAAGGAGAAGAUUUCCCAAUUACGGAGUGGAGAAUGGGAGAAAUGCCGCAGCAACUACAAUCCUCACUAAUCGAGGACUUCCAAAAAAUAACAGAAGACAUCAGGAAAGAGGUUCAAAGACUUGGGGCCAGUAUGGAGGUGCUGCAGAAUAGAACAGAUGAGCUCUGUGUUGCUAAUAAUGAUGUGGUAGACAAAAUCACUAAAAUAAAAAAUGGAAGCAGACCACAAAGCCUUGAUGAGCAAAUAUGCAGAUCUGGAGGAUUGUUCACGCAGGAAUAACCUCAGGGUUAGAGGGGUAUCUAAGAUGGUCCCUACAGAGGAAAUACAGCAAUACCUGCUCACCUUAUUUAAGGCAUUCCUUCUCACAGCCACACCAGAGGAGCUGUUGAUGGACAGAGCACACAUGGAGCCCAAACCUCUCAAUCUCGUGCCUGAGGUACCAAGAGAUAUAGGGGUGAGACUUCACUAUUUUUAAUACCAAGGAAGCCCUCCUUCAAGCGCACCGCAAGACCCGAGUUCUACCCGAUCACCUGAUUGACAUCGCGCUUUAUGUGGAUUUGUCCAAACGCAGAGAAUUUAUAAAUACCACUAAAGUGAACAACAGCAUACCAUACCGUAGGGGCUUCCCACCCAAACUACUCAUUGAAAGAAAUGGACAGAUGAAAGUGGUGUCCAAUCCAGACGACGGGAUCAAGUCAGUACAGCAGUCCAAUCCAGACAACGGGAUCAAGUAGGUACAGCAAUGGGGCCUACUAAAAUCUGCAAUGCCUUCUCCAGCUGUUUUGUCGCCGAGGAGAAUACAACCUGACUGGCAAAAAGUUACAAAGAACUCUCCUCAAGACCUAUCCAAACAGGGUGCAGUCGGAAGUGUAGACAUAGGCCCUGAAGUCUCCACGCAUAACUUUGCGUCUGCUGAAUCCCGAGAACCUGGUAACUUCCAGAACAUGUGUUUUUGAGGGGGUUAAGUUGUAUUGUAGUGAUGGGCUCGGGAGUGGGAUGAGAUGUUCGGCAGUAUGCCAGUUAGUGAAUUUACUGCCCAUUACUGCUCAGCUGAACAACAAUUAUCACAAAACCAAUCACAACAAAACAAAAACAAACAAACAAAAAGUUAAUUAGAAAAAUAUAGAAAAAAAACAAAAAACAUAAAAGUGGCCAACCUUGCCAAAUUCCAGGUCCUGGAAGGGAGACGCAAAUGUGACUUUACUUUGUGAAAUGUGCACAGUUAAGAUGUGAAAGUUGAUUAGUUAAGCUAUGUUUGUCUUCCUCGCACCAAAAUUUGGUUUAUGAGGAAUGCUCAAAUCAGUAACAUUAUUAGGUCCUAGCUGGAAGUGUAGAGGUAUCAAUUCCACCAUACCUAUACCCCACCCACAAAUGUCAAGAGUAAUACCUACCAGAGACGGGAACCCAAUCGUGAUAUCGCUAGUAUGAUGUCUUGGUAUAUACUUCAGUUUUAGUUAUGUUUUAUGUUAUUUGUUUUCUCUCACUGCAAUGUAUAGAUUGUUAGCAUUACAUAACCUGUGUUUGCCUAACCUAUUACAAUGUAUGGGGAGACCCCUACGGUACUGGCAUAGGAAGUGAUCAGAAUGACUGGUCGGGCAUAACAUGGCAGGAGAAUUCACAGUACUUACACUUAACGCUAAUGGCUUUAAUACGCCACAUAAGAGAAGGCUACCUCUAACACACAUUAAAGUGAAAAAUUUAGCAAUAGCAUGUUUCAGGAAACCCAUUUUUGCAUCCAAAAUCCAUCCACCUUCACCUCCAGACAACACCCACAAGCGUACCAUGCCUUCGCCCCAAAUAAAACAAGGGGUGUUAGCACAUUGAUACAUAAAGACUGGGUGUUUAAUUGCGAGGGGGAGUUUGCGGACAAGGAGGGAAGGCUCCUUAUACUAGUGGGCUCCCUUAAUGAUGUGCCCAUGACUAUUGCCAAUAUAUAUGCACCCAACACGAACCAGAUAGAUUUCCUAGCCAAAACCUUUUGUAAAAUAAACUCAAUGAAACACGGUUAGCUCAUUAUUUGUGGGGACAUUAACUGUGUAUUAGACCAACAGGUGGGCAUUUCCAGUAGUGUCCCUGCAAGGAAUAGGAAGAGUAGGGAAAGUAAUACAUUUACAUAAUUGUGUAAUAAAUACGAUAUAUAUGACACGUGGCGCACCCUAUACCCCACAUCAAAGGAUUAUACAUAUUACUCCGCGGUACACACAAUGUAUUCCAGACUUGAUUUGUGCCUUGUGAAUAGAACGAAUCUACAUCAUGCGUCAGAUCAUGCGCCGGUGCAGACAACAUUUAAAACAUUGCACCCAGCAUGGGGAAGAGGUCUGUGGCGCCUGAAUGAAUCAGCUUUACGCAAUGAAGAGAGGAGCAGACUCCUCCUGGUUGUGAACCUCAACCACAUGGCUAGCCCAUGUGCGGUAAUAGGGGACCUGUUCAUACAAAUAGGUGCGAGGGCUAAGAGAAAGAUAGGAGUCAAUACUUCCAGUAUAGAGAGGCAAAUAAGGGACCUGGAAUCCUGACACAAGGACGCAACAAGUAAAAAUCUAGGCAAACAACUCAAACAGGCGAGGAUCGAAUUGGAGUGCAUACAGUUACAUGCUAAAGAACGUAGCCUGAUAAAACUUAAACAUACACAUUACACUCAGAGCAACAGAGCUAGCAAAAUAUUGGCUUCAAAGUUUAAAACUAAAUUUGUUCAAACAAAAAUAACAUCUAUCUACAAUGAGGAGUGAAUCAAGAUGGAGAACCCUACCCACAUACUGAACAAAUUUGCCAACUAUUAUGAUUCCUGUUACAACUUGAAAGAGAACAAGGAAAUAGAGCAACCCUCUGACAGAGCCAUAGAAGAUUUCUUAAGUAAAAUAGACUUGCCAACCAUUCCCACUGACAUAGCUAAAGAGAUGGACGCUCCAUUUACUGAGGAGGAGGUUCACAAGACGAUAAAAGCGCUUCGAAAACAGCCCCUGGGUCAGACGGCCUCUCCAAUCUUUAUUAUAUAACUUUUGCAGACACCAUACAUCACAUCUCUUUUCAACAAUAUCAUGGCAACAGGCGACAUACCUCCGGAAAUGUUGGAGGUGAAUAUUAUCACGUUACCAAAGCCAGGCAAACCACCAACCAAAUGCGAAAACUUCCCCCCAAUCUCGCUUCUUAAUGCGGAUACUAAACAUCUCGCAAAUGUCAUAGCCAACCACAUAAAGCCCCAGCUGACAUCCUUAGUAUCCAGGGAACAGGCUGGUUUUGUACCGGGCUGUCAGGCCGGGAACAACACCAGACUUUUGUUUUUUUUAACCUUAUAGAAAUAAUCAAAAGUAGAGGGGAGUUGGGACUUUUGUUGGUGCUGGACGCGAAAAAGCCUUUGACUGACUUCACUGGGGAUAUAAGAUAACGGUUCUCUGCAAAUUGGGUUUCCCUAUGAACUUAGAGCCAUAUCAGCAUUAUAUACAAAUCCCUCAGCCAGAGUUCUAAACCCGGGGUUCCUAUCCAGGAAAUUUACUUUAUCAAAUGGUACAUGUCAGGGAUGCCCACUGUCUCCAAUAAUUUUCAUUCUAGCUUUAGAACCACUGAUAAAACACAUUCAAAUGCAAACCCAAAUUAAAGGAAUACAAGCAGACUUAGGCUUAUCCUCCAGGACCCCCAAGAGUCACUACCGCAUGUAAUGACCCUCCUGCACACCUACCUAGUCUCCUACUAUAAGAACAAUAUCGCAAAAACACAAGCACUCCCAAUAAACCUGACUAAAUCAGCAAAAUUGGUGCUAUCUACCCAAUUUAAAUUUGACUGGAGAGAAAAAUCUCUCACAUACCUAGGCAUUCAACUUGCGACAACAAAACACACACUGAUUUAAGCUAACCAUGUAAGACUACCUAACUCCAUACAACAACAGAUGCAGAAAUGGGAGAAAAAAAUUAUAUCAUGGCUAGGCCAAGUGAACGCGGUCAAAAUGAUGGUGCUCCCGCGAAUUCUAUUCCUGUUCCGCACACUCCCCAUAGAAGUACUAAACUCAAUAUUGGCUAAAUUAAAACGGCUGCUCAACGCACAUAUUUGGAAGCGUAAACCGCCCCGAAUUGCAGCCAACAUGUACUACAAGUUACAUGAAGGAGGCCUAAGCACCCCUGAUAUCCUCAAAUACUACACCUUUUACCAUUCCCAGAUGUAAAAUUGAAAUAUAAGUUGGCUUCCAUUACCUGAGGCUUAAACACAUAUUGGCUAAACACAACUUUUAACCACCAGCCCUGACAGAUUGGGGGGGGCAUUAUCCAAAUAUACAGGGGUAUAAGGAAAGGCAUAAAACCACUAGCACUUUGCUACAGAGCACUACAAGAGCACGCCAAACCCCUAAAAUUCUCAUACAUGCACAAAUGGGAGGAGGAAAUUAACACUCAAUUCCCAGCUAAACAGUGGCUCAGAGCAAUGAGGGAUACCAAACAAGCGACAAGAUGCAUUGACCACAUAGAAGAAACAUACAAAGUGUGGAUGAGAUGGUAUAUGACACCACACAGAUUAGCCCAUAUUUUUAUCAGUGUGACCCCCAAAUGCUGGAGAUGCGAGGACAAGGCGGGGGACCAUUUUGGGACAAUAUAAAAUUAGUGGUAUUUAAACUAUCAGGAAUUUCUCUUCCACUUUGAAUAGAAAUGUAUAUUUUACAUAUGCUACCUGCCUAUAUAGACAAAUCAAUGAAUAAAAUCAUCAUUAACGUUCUAAUAGCAGCUAAAAGCAGUAUAGCCACAUUCUGGAAUAAUAAAUCCCCCCUCCCCCUGAUGUCACUGGUGAUGGAGAAAUUAAACUCCACGAGGAUUUAUGAGGAAAUGAGCCAUAGAUUGCACAACACUCUACAAGUCUAUGAAUUCAUAUGGGCCAAGUGGCGUCCAGGCUCAUGCUAUCUAGGUGAAGUACUUGACCCACAGGGCAGCCAGUCAUACGAUGCAUUUCAUACAUACAAGGGCAGGAACAUGUUAUUGGUCCUACAUGAUAACAGGUAAAUGGAAUGCGGAUUGGAUAUGCCGUACAUUAUGCAGUGACUUUUAUUAUUGUUCUGUUCUUCAUAUGUUUGUUUUCUUAUGUAAGCUUUCAAUGUUCUGUAUGCUCAGCUGAUACCUUCAGAUUAACCCCUUAAGGACCAAACUUCUGGAAUAAAAGGGAAUCAUGACAUGUCACACAUGUCAUGUGUCCUUAAGGAGUUAAAGGACCACUCUAGGCACCCAGACCACUUCAGCUUAAUGAAGUGGUCUGGGUGCCAGGUCCAGCUAGGGUUAACCCAUUUUUUCAUAAACAUAGCAGUUUCAGAGAAACUGCUAUGUUUAUGAAUGGGUUAAGCCUUCCCCUAUUUCCUCUAGCGGCUGUCUCAUUGACAGCCACUAGAGGCUCUUGCGUGCUUCUCAUUGUGAUUUUCACAGUGAGAGCACGCCAGCGUCCAUAGGAAAGCAUUGUAAAUGCUUUCCUAUGUGACCGGCUGAAUGCGCGCGCAGCUCUUGCCGCCCGUGCGCAUUCAGCUGACGGGAGGAGAGCUCUCCGCCCAGCGCUGGAAAAAGGUUAGUUUUAACCCCUUUCCCCCUUCCAGAGCCGGGCGGGAGGGGGACCUUGAGGGUGGGGGCACCCUCAGGGCACUAUAGUGCCAGGAAAACGAGUAUGUUUUCCUGGCACUAUAGUGGUCCUUUAACUCCAGUUUACUGGAUGCGUUCUACAGGAAACACGAUGCUAUGAGGUUUAUACUGACCACCGACAUAAUAGGGUUAUUAAGGGGCAACUUUCCAUCACAGAAAAUACAUUUUAAAAAGUGUAUGAAUAACAUAAAGUAAUAUUGUGAACUGUAUCCCUAGCAGAUGACUAUGUCUAGUGGGCGGGCCGAGCCGCUAAUUUCCUGAUGUAUAUAUGUACACAUGAUCACAUUGUUAAGCUGACAUUUAUGUACCCUGUUAUGGUGAUUGUAAAAAUUCAAUAAAAGUGAUUCAUGGGAAAAAAAAAAAAUAAUAUUGACAGUGACAAGAGGCGAAGAAGGCCCUGAUCAAACAUCCUUAUUAUAAUAUUUUGGCAUGGGCAGAGAAAUUCUGUGUGACUUAGCAAUACAAAGAAUAAUUGCUCCUUAGGUUUUAUUUCUAAGAAAUUUCUAUGGGGAAAUUUUAAGAAAUUAUAAUUUCUAUUUGCUAUUAAGAACACCUAUUUUUAUGGUCAGUUUUUGUAUCUUAUUUGCUUAUUAAAGAUUUAUUAAUCCUUCUCCUUACCAGGCAUUGCACAGACACAAAACGGGCGUUUACCAAGCGGGCCAUGUUGGAGAAACACAUCCAGCUCAUGCAUGGUAUCAAGGAUCCUGAUGUUAAAGAAGUCGCAGCCACGAAUAAAGCCCCUGCGAACAAGGAGGAUUCUAAGGUAGGUUCACCAAAAGUUACUGUAGAUCUCUUAAAUACAGUGGAAACAGUUUAUAAAUGAAUGUGGCUUAUUUUGUCAUAACAAUCUAAUUCUUACAGGCCCUUAACCCCUUAAGGACACAUGACAUGUGUGAUUCCUUUUUAUACCAGAAGUUUGGUCCUUAAGGGAUUAAAGGGACACUACAAGCACACAGACCACUUCAUCUCAUUGAAGUGGUCUGGGUGCAGUGACCUUUUCCCCUUAACCCUGCUGCUGAAAGCACUGCAAUUUAAGAGAAACUGCAGUGUUUACAUGGCAGUGUUAAGACUGCCUCCAGUGGCAGCCUACCAGAUUGCCACUAGAGCCUCUUCCUGCUGUAUCACAAAGUUUAACUCCAUGAAAUGACGUUUGACAUCCUCACACUUUGCAUGAUGACGUCCAGUGUCUUCAAAAUCCACAUAAGAAAGCAUUGGUUCAAAGGCCUAAUGUGUGCGGUACCCUUGCGCAGAUGUCAGAGGAGGUGGAGACUGGAAUUAGGUAAGUGUUUAAAGGGCUAUUUAACACUUUGAUUGCUGCAGGGGGGAGGGGACACAGGGGCAGAGGGACACUGUAAUGUAAGUAAUACAGCUUUAAAUUCCCUAUAAUGUUGCUUUAAAUGGCUAAGGAUGUUCUACUCAUUUAGUGGUAGCAUUCAUAAGUGUAUCUGCUGAAGCUAAAUAUGGAGGACAUGGUGUCAACUUGGGAUCCAUAGAGCAGAUUGUCCCUAAGUCACUGAAAAGAAGUUGUUAAGCUUCCAUAUUUUUAAACGGGUAUCUAACAUUGGGGUUGUUUGUCAGUCAUCAUAUCAGACCGAGCACAUAUAGAAGGUUUUAAGGCAGAUGUUAUUAGAAAUCAAACAUUGUAUGGUUUUCCAAUAAAAUCUGCCUUAACACCACCUAUAUGUGCCUGGUCCAUCUUUCUUCAUUAUUACCGACAUGCUGGGAAUGGUCCACCUGGACUGCAGGCACUACAGAUGGAAUUUGUUUAGCAAGUGCCACUGCGCUUUAUGCAUCAUAAUAUCAUCAUAAUAGAGGCAAAUAUUAAAAUACAUGUGCAUCUUUAGAGAUUCAUGCAGUUUUAAAUUCAUACCUCUCAACUGUCCCAACUUGGAAGAAAGUCACUAUUUUCUGUCCAAAUCCCUCUGGUCCCUCUUAUCUAGCCUAAUGUUCCUCUUCUCUGGGAUCUCAAUAUUGUUGGUGUGUGGGUGAGUUUACAACAGAGCUGCGCAGCAAUAACACUCCCAGUAAUGUGUCUUUAAUCUCCAAUAAAAGUGUUUAGAAAUCAGUCUGUGUAAAUAAGAUACAUUGUUCGUGUUCUAAUGAACAUUUUACUUUCAUAAAUUGUUAAUAGUAAGUCGCCUAAGAGUUCUCAGAACAGCCCUGCCCCUGGCUACACCCCUACUCACAUCUCUAAAAUUAAAGUCCCUCUUUGUCCAUUUGAUAUGGUGCAAAGUAUGUACACUGACAGUCGUCCCACAACUAAACAUUCCCCAAAUAAUCGCUGGAAUAAACCACAUGCUUUCCUCCGAGUUUUGGAGAAUCAUGCACAGGAGAUGGAAUGUAUUCUUUAAGAUAUAUGCUACUUUAUUUUAUUCUGAAACAAAAUGCAGUUAAAACUUUAAAAAAAUCAGGGUAAAAUCAAGGGUAAAAUACAGAUUUUACUAUUUAAAAAUGUAAAGCAGUUUGGAUCAGUGACUGUAUAUUUAAAAUUGUCAGUUUUUUUUUUAAAUCUUUCUUUUAUUAUGGCAUUUGCGUUAUAGGGUACAGGAUAAAAAGGAGGACGCAUUGUGGGGUAAUACAAGUUAAUGAAAUCAGGAUGGUGUGUAAUACACUCCCAAGAAAGGCUGCCAUAUAUUUUUUUUGUUUUUAUACAUCAAAUAAACAGAAUAACACAUACAAUUGUUUAAGAAAUGGGUGCAAGGAAUAAUUAAAGAUCGCUCAAAUAGUCGUUUUCGUGUGCACAAUAUAACAGAUUAAUCAAGCUAUGUGCUAAACAACUAGAUGUGGUACAAGCUAAAUUAGUGUGUCUAAAGUGGUGAGGCGCAUUAGGGUAUCAGGCUUGUGUCGUUAGACAUGGAUGCCUGCUCAAAUAUGUUAAAGGUAGGUGUCAUAGCUGUGAGGCACAAAACUGAACAGGCAAUAUGUCGCUACAGUAGUUGAGUAUCAGGCUAAUUGCCACCAUGGAACACACAUGUUAUGUUAUGUUGGGGGUGCAGUUCUGGGGAUCUACAUUAGUUAUGAUACAUCAAUAAGCAGACAUCCAUUGAUCUCUAAUAGUGUCCACUUAUGAGGGUCUAGCGUUGCUCAGCAGUGGCUGUGCGGUUCCCCUUAGAUGUUGGUCUGGUUGGGGAGCACAUUCCCAGGCCCUGUCUCAGGUCGCGGUCCGUUUCGUCAGCCAAUCCCCUCCCGUGUCAUUGUGAGGGUUGAUACUUGGAGAGUCUGUAGAGUGCGGGUGAGGUGCAAAGGCUGGUGAGGUGCAGAGCCUCCCCCUGGCCCCAGGCCCUGUUUGGGGUCUGCAUCCUGGUGCCACAAACUCUGGUGCUUGUAGAGGCUGAGUUUUUCCCUGUGGGGGGCGCCUCGGAGAGCCGCUGUGUUUUGUCGCUGCCAGCGGCAGUUGGGCCUCCAGCGUUGUGGCCGAUGCUGCGGAGUUAGCCUCCUGGUGAUCCCUGGCCUGGGUUGGCGGUCGGUGUUCAACGCUGGUGCAGGAGGGUAUGUAAUGCCCGGGACAGGCUCGCUCCGCCUCCGCUUCCCCGACCCCCGUGAUGUACCUCCGUGUGUCAAAGGGGGCCUUGCGAGGAGUUGUUCCAGCUUUUCCAAAAAUUGCUGGAAUAUCAAGUCCAGGGUUGUGGUUGUGUGGGUACAGGUCCCGUGAGGUUCGGUGCUUCCGCCAUGUUGCUGGGCCUGAAGCAUCCGGAGCCCAGGCCUGAGUAGGCAGCUGCAGUCCGUGCAGUUAUGUGUCACUUUGGUGGGGACCGGGAUAACCCCCACCGAUCCAUAGGGUGGGGAACAGAGGCUCAAACUUUGCCUUGGUGUGUGUUUUAGCAGCGGGAGAGCGGCCGUCUCCCUCACUGCCGCCAUGCUUGUAGGCCGUAAUCCUGGGAGGGUCGGAACCGGUGCAACGAUCCACUUGAGUGGUGUCAUCUUGCAGGUCUCGGUGUCCUCUAUCGCUUAGAAGCCUCAAGGAGCCGGGUCACAGCCUCUGUUCAUCGAGACUCGGCAAUAGGUAAGGUUAGAUGCGGGAGCAGCAGCCACAUACGUCUGCUCCGUUCUGCAGUCAGGCCCUGCCCCCGAAUUAAGUCAGUUUUUUACUUGUGCAACUAGGUUAUUAAAAUAACGAUAUGAAACAAUUUAAAUCUGUAUGAUUCCAACUGUAGCCCCAUAACAUUAGAAUAUCAGACUUUGUAUAACACAUGCAAUGUACACUUACAGAUGAACUAUUAUGACUCGAUUAAAUACAUAUGUAAAAUCUACCUUGGUCAAUUACUUUUAUGUACUUCUGGUAUAUUAAAUGACUUUAUAAUGCACAAUUCGAGGCCCUUUGUCAUUAUAUUCUCUGCUAUUUGAAUUGAUAUUUGGAGAGAUUGCAGCCCAAUGCUAAUAUUACCCAUUAAAAACAUAAAACUAAAUGCAAUCAUGUUGCAGUUACUGUUAGAGCAAACAAGAUAUUCAUUGUAGUCAGUGGUUUAAUGUGCUUCCCAUUGUGUAAUUAAUUGAGUUUCAAGUUCUUUGUAUAUUAGAUUAUUAUAUUACUCUGCUAGAUUAAUUCUCAUUAUCUAGCAGAUAUUGAACAAUAAAUAUUAUACAUUUAUAUAUAAACUUGAUAUUUUCUUUUUUACUGCUAAUGUCAUUUACUACUGUAUGUUAUUUAGUAUAAAGAAUAAAAAUAAGUAAGAGUUCGUGUGCGUAGGACUCAGGGAUUUUGCAAAUAUGUAAGAAAAUGGUGACUUUUUAUUUAUUUAAAACUUUUUCAUGCAUUUUUUAAAUUCAGAUAAUGAGUAAAAAUGAGAGGCGAUAUCCAUUCUGGGCUGGUAAAUUAUUUUAACUCUGUCUAAGACACACAUAUGUAAUUUAAGAGAUGGUGGGAAAUAAGUAGAAGAGAGGAGUGGUAGUAACAGUCUAGUAAAUGAAUAACCACAUGGAAUAUUUUGUACAUUGCAGGUGCCGCCCCCAAAGCGUAAAUUGGAAGAACCAGUUCUGGAAUUCAGGCCCCCUAGAGGAGCCAUUACUCAGCCACUGAAGAAGUUAAAAAUUAAUGUCUUCAAGGUCCACAAGUGUGCAGUGUGUGGUUUUACAACGGAAAAUCUCCUUCAGUUUCAUGAACAUAUCCCCAGGCAUAAAUCUGAUGGCUCCUCGUACCAGUGCCAGGAGUGCGGUCUCUGCUAUACCUCCCACGUGUCCCUUUCCAGACAUCUUUUUAUUGUUCACAAACUUAAAGAGCCUCAACCAUCACCCAAGCAGAAUGGUUCUGGAGGAGACCAUCAAGAAGAGAACAAGUCUAGCACAUGUAAUGAAAUUGCAGACAACAGCACCUGUGGCAGAACAUGCAAAGUCUGUUCAAGGACAUUUGAAACUGAAGCUGCCUUAAACACACACAUGCGAACUCAUGGAAUGGCUUUCAUCAAAUCUAAAAGGAUGAACUCUACUGAAAAAUGAGAUGUUGAUGAUAUCCACACCAUCAAAAAAAAUAACAUGUUCGAUUAUAUCUCCCACAGGCUUCAGCUAGUUGUAUUUCAUUGGCCUACAAAGACUGAGCACCACCAAGUGAGAGACCGUGUACAUUGAAAGAUGUUACCCACGCUGUCCCACUAGACUGGAUUUUGAAAUGCAACCGAGUAUGUUUUUAGCUGUUUUGUAUUGUUUUAUCUGUGAAGAAAAAAGAAAUAUAAGAUUUAAAGAACUUUAUGAGUUGUGGCAAUAUAUGGUUUCAUUGUAUCUUACACCUCGUUAUUAGGAUACAUUCUUGUUAAUUAUAAAAGCAGUAUUUGACAUAAAACACAAAACAAAUGUAUAUAUUUAAUAAUUUUAUACUCUUUGUUACUUGCUUGUGCUGACGUACACUUCAAUAUGACAUGUUUUUAGUAUAUUUUUUUUAUUUUUAUUUUUUUUGUAUUACAUGUGAAUAUUAACUCCAUGAGAAUGUUCGCCAAUAUGUUUUUCAUCAUGAAAGAGUUUUAUGGUGGUACAAAUAUAUGCUUAUUGUUAUUAUUUUAUUUAAUUCCUGUGCUGAAAAAGCCACAGGGUAGGAAUUAAAUGUGUUUUUAUUUAUCUGUAUGAAGAAUAGGCACCCACACAAGUUAUUUUAGUUUAAAAUAGUGAUAUUAAUUUCAGCAUUUAAACCACAAAGUGCUGUUUUCUUCUCCUAUGAGGAUCCCCAUUUUCUAAACUUUUUGCUAUACUUAAGUUUAUAUUAAUUGUGAACCAGGCAAUGAAUAAUUUAUAGACCACUGUGUUAGCAUUCACACAUAUGGAAGCUGCUAACACGAACUCAACAUUUGUAGCUUAAUAAUUCAUUACUAGAUAAUCCACUAUCCUUUACAAUAUGACUAUGGCAUUUCAUUUAUGUUAUCAUAUGGAUAUAUUGGCAAAAUUACCUUUGCAAUGAAUUAACAUAAUUAGUCAGAGAUUAAUAUAGACAGAUUCCCUUGUAAAAAUACAUGUGAUUAAUUUUGUUCUUUAUUUUUUUGUCAUUUGAGAGGACAGACGUGUGCAUGUCAGAUUCACAUCUAAAAUGUAUUUUCUUACAUUCUUUAAAUAUGUAUCAGACUCAUGCAUAGAAAAUAGUGCAUUGUCAAGAUCAUGUGCAGUCAGCUUUAUGGUAUAGUCUGAAAUUCAAAAUUCAUGCUUUUAUUGUAGUAUUAGAUUACUGAGUGGGAAGACUGUAGGAGUAAAGAGGCUUGGAUGCUUAGAAUGACAUGAGACAUAUACUAUCCGAAUUAAUAGGCAAAACCUUUUGACAAAUUUAGAAUCUUAAAAGCACACAAAAAAGUAUUUAAUGAUCAUAAUGGGUCACACAUUUUGAAUUUGUAAAGUAUUUAUUUCUUUUUCUUUUAUUGAAAACAAAGUCACUCUAAAUUAAUCCUGAAGUUAGUUUAAAUGAUCCAUCUAGGUAUCUGAACAAGAUUGAUACAUAUUAAACCCCAUAAAGUCUAAAUUACCUGUUUUUCAUGCCCAGAGUUGUCCUACCCUCCCGCCCCCAAUCCCAGAAGUCUGAGUUCUCUAAUUAUUCAUAGAAAUCGAAAUAAUGCAAUGGUGUACAUAUUGCCACAGUCAUCACCAUCACAUUAUUUUGAAGAAUAAUAAAUAAUCAGGACAGACUCUCGUUAGUGAAUGGAAGCCAUCAGUGGGUAGUACAUUUUGUUUUCUGUGAGAAUUGAGCGAGCGUGUUCACAGUUAUUGUCCCCUUUUUUUAAAGCAAUUCAGUGGGUUCCAGUGAUUGCUUGCAAGAUCUAAAAGGUCAUCAGAUCUCUGAGUAAACAUGCAAAUAAAUGAAGACAACAGGAUUAAGCUUUUCGUUGUUAUUUUUAUUUUAGAAUUGAAAUGCAUCUUUUUUUUUUUUUUUUUUUAAUGCUUUAUGACAUUAAAGAGCUAAUCCUUCCAUCUUAAUAAGUUGGUAUACGGAGAUAACUAGGUAUGAAUUUACGCAACGAUUGCUUUAGGCAUUAAUAUGAAACUCCAUAAUAUCAAUAGUUAAUAUUUUGAUUUUUGUGGGUGAGGCGUUGCAGAACUAGAUGUGACACCAAUUUGCCUUGUACUUUGUCAUAAUGCCUUUCUAAAAUCUGUCCUUGGCACAAAUUCAAAAAAUUGUUCAAAGAACGCCCCCCCCAAAAAGUUUCAUUUUAAAUGUAUCUCUAUAAAAUAUCUAGCACUUAAUCACUGUAAUGAUUGUCCCCUCAACCCUGGAACCGUCCUAGACCAAUGAUGGAUAGCCAUGGUACUGCACAUUUUUGUGAAUAGGUAUCUUUUCUCAACAGCUGCCUGAGUUUCAAGGGAAAGCUAGUGUCAAGGUCAAUCAGAAUCACAUUUUCAGAUAACUAAAUGUUUUUUUUUUUGUUUUUUUUUGUGUGUUUUGCACAAUGCACAGGGCCAACUGGAGUUAGCAAAAUGCUACCAGAAUAAAGUCACUUACUUUUCUGUGGUUUUUUUUUUUAAUUAUUAUUUUCACAGUUCUGUUGUGAAGUUAGUUCUCCUAUGAUUUGUAUACAAUGUAAAUUGUAGGAUACUGAAGAGGAUACACCGUAUUAUCCUUUUCAGAUGAAUAUAUUUCUCUGUGAGAGUUCUAGGAUUUAUUUUUUUUAUUAGUAAUAUUAUUUUAUACGUCAUGGCUAUAAAUACGUUUUUUGUAUGUUUUGUUUUGUUUUUUAAACUGUAUUUUCUGUAUAUUUUGAACGUGCAUGCUCUGUGUAUGUGAUUGACCAGUUCCAAGUCUUGCUGCUGUCAGAUGGUUACUUAUAUCUUCUUUGUGUCCUUUAAGCUGUAUUGAACACAAUGGAAAUGUAAAUAAAAGCAGAAUAUUUGACUCAGAAGAAGUGAUGAAGUGUUGUUCAGUUACUCAAAAUAACAUCUUUGUAAGUCCUGAGCGCAUCGAUUAUUGCAUGUUCUCUGAUAACACUUUUGUUGUAGUUUAUGAUUGCAGGCUUUGUCUGCGUCACUGGAG